AUGCAAUCCAGCCUGUCUGAGAGUUCCCCGAGUCAGCAGGUCACCACUGCAGCACCAGAGGCAACAACAGCGACCACCACGGUCCUUGCCCCAACGUCGACCUCUGCUCCUGGGACAAGUCCGUCUUCUGUGACCACUUCUGCUCUUCCAUCGAGCUCUACUCUUGAGACAAGUAGCCCAUCUCUCACCACUGCUCCACCCACCAGCAGCACCGUAGCUGAAACUGCCUCCUCAGCUCCUGAUCUGGGCACAUCCACCGUUGGCUCAACCACUGCGUCCAGGAGCACAAGGCCGGAAGGCAGCACGUCGACUGUACACACCACAGCUGAAGCGCAGUCGACGGCUUCCACGUCCUCAGACUAUCCAGAGACCUCUCCACUUGCGACAACCUCCAGAAUGCUGUCGACCACAGCAGAAAUCUCCCGCCUCAUGGCUACAGCCACCACUCCAUUCCAAUCCAGCCAGGCUGGAACAGAUUCUCUUUCCCAGGUCACCACUGCAGCAACAGAGUUCACAUCUGUGACCACCACGGUCCUCGCUGAAACGUCGACCUCUGCUCCUGGGUCAAGCGCAACUUCUGCCAGCCCUUCUUCUGCUCCUCUGAGCUCUACUCUGGAGAAAACUGCCCCAUCUCUCACCACAGCUACACCCACCAGCAGCAGUACCGUUCCUGAGUCAACCUCCUCAGCUGCACGUCUGGGCACAUCCACAGUUGGGUCCAGCAGUGUAUCCAGCACCACAAGGCCACGAGGCACCACCACGGCUGCGCAGUCCACAACCCAGCCUGAGUCUAUGGCGUCAGGCUCUUCAGCUCGGCCGGAGACGACUUCACCUGUGAAAACCUCCACAAUCCAGUCGACCACAGCAGAAAUCUCCAGCCUCAUGGAUUCAGUCACCACUCCUGCGCAAUCCAGCCUGGCUGAGACAAUCACUAGUGACCAGGUCACUACAGAAGGGAGAGGAACGACGGUGACCUCUGUGGAGCGUGAACAAACAUCCUCGGCUGCUCCUGGGACAAGCACAACUUCUGCCACCGCCUCUUCUCUUCCAACAAGCUCAGCUGCAGAGACCACGUCACCAGCUCUCACCAGCACUGCAAGCACCACCACGCCGUUGGAGACAAGCUCUACCGCUGCUGCUACUUCAACUUUAAACUCUGAGCCCAGUGCUGUGCCUACCGCCUUGAGAACAGAAUUCUCCACCUCGAGUGCACAGGCAACAUCGUCUACGGCUGCAGCCUCUUCCACUGGGGCCGACACGUCGCCAUUGGAGACAACCUCCCCGGUCCCCUCGACAGCAGAACGAACCUCCAAAGCAAAGUCUUCCACCAUCACAAGCAUGCAAUCCAGCCUGUCUGAGAGUUCCCCGAGUCAGCAGGUCACCACUGCAGCACCAGAGGCAACAACAGCGACCACCACGGUCCUUGCCCCAACGUCGACCUCUGCUCCUGGGACAAGUCCGUCUUCUGUGACCACUUCUGCUCUUCCAUCGAGCUCUACUCUUGAGACAAGUAGCCCAUCUCUCACCACUGCUCCACCCACCAGCAGAACUGUAGCUGAAACUGCCUCCUCAGCUCCUGAUCUGGGCACAUCCACCGUUGGCUCAACCACUGCGUCCAGGAGCACAAGGCCGGAAGGCAGCACGUCGACUGUACACACCACAGCUGAAGCGCAGUCGACGGCUUCCGCGUCCUCAGACCAUCCAGAGACCUCUCCACUUGCGACAACCUCCAGAAUGCUGUCGACCACAGCAGAAAUCUCCCGCCUCAUGGCUACAGCCACCACUCCAUUCCAAUCCAGCCAGGCUGGAACAGAUUCUCUUUCCCAGGUCACCACUGCAGCAACAGAGUUCACAUCUGUGACCACCACGGUCCUCGCUGAAACGUCGACCUCUGCUCCUGGGUCAAGCGCAACUUCUGCCAGCCCUUCUUCUGCUCCUCUGAGCUCUACUCUGGAGAAAACUGCCCCAUCUCUCACCACAGCUACACCCACCAGCAGCAGUACCGUUCCUGAGUCAACCUCCUCAGCUGCACGUCUGGGCACAUCCACAGUUGGGUCCAGCAGUGUAUCCAGCACCACAAGGCCACGAGGCACCACCACGGCUGCGCAGUCCACAACCCAGCCUGAGUCUAUGGCGUCAGGCUCUUCAGCUCGGCCGGAGACGACUUCACCUGUGAAAACCUCCACAAUCCAGUCGACCACAGCAGAAAUCUCCAGCCUCAUGGAUUCAGUCACCACUCCUGCGCAAUCCAGCCUGGCUGAGACAAUCACUAGUGACCAGGUCACUACAGAAGGGAGAGGAACGACGGUGACCUCUGUGGAGCGUGAACAAACAUCCUCGGCUGCUCCUGGGACAAGCACAACUUCUGCCACCGCCUCUUCUCUUCCAACAAGCUCAGCUGCAGAGACCACGUCACCAGCUCUCACCAGCACUGCAAGCACCACCACGCCGUUGGAGACAAGCUCUACCGCUGCUGCUACUUCAACUUUAAACUCUGAGCCCAGUGCUGUGCCUACCGCCUUGAGAACAGAAUUCUCCACCUCGAGUGCACAGGCAACAUCGUCUACGGCUGCAGCCUCUUCCACUGGGGCCGACAUGUCGCCAUUGGAGACAACCUCCCCGGUCCCCUCGACAGCAGAACGAACCUCCAAAGCAAAGUCUUCCACCAUCACAAGCAUGCAAUCCAGCCUGUCUGAGAGUUCCCCGAGUCAGCAGGUCACCACUGCAGCACCAGAGGCAACAACAGCGACCACCACGGUCCUUGCCCCAACGUCGACCUCUGCUCCUGGGACAAGUCCGUCUUCUGUGACCACUUCUGCUCUUCCAUCGAGCUCUACUCUUGAGACAAGUAGCCCAUCUCUCACCACUGCUCCACCCACCAGCAGCACCGUAGCUGAAACUGCCUCCUCAGCUCCUGAUCUGGGCACAUCCACCGUUGGCUCAACCACUGCGUCCAGGAGCACAAGGCCGGAAGGCAGCACGUCGACUGUACACACCACAGCUGAAGCGCAGUCGACGGCUUCCACGUCCUCAGACUAUCCAGAGACCUCUCCACUUGCGACAACCUCCAGAAUGCUGUCGACCACAGCAGAAAUCUCCCGCCUCAUGGCUACAGCCACCACUCCAUUCCAAUCCAGCCAGGCUGGAACAGAUUCUCUUUCCCAGGUCACCACUGCAGCAACAGAGUUCACAUCUGUGACCACCACGGUCCUCGCUGAAACGUCGACCUCUGCUCCUGGGUCAAGCGCAACUUCUGCCAGCCCUUCUUCUGCUCCUCUGAGCUCUACUCUGGAGAAAACUGCCCCAUCUCUCACCACAGCUACACCCACCAGCAGCAGUACCGUUCCUGAGUCAACCUCCUCAGCUGCACGUCUGGGCACAUCCACAGUUGGGUCCAGCAGUGUAUCCAGCACCACAAGGCCACGAGGCACCACCACGGCUGCGCAGUCCACAACCCAGCCUGAGUCUAUGGCGUCAGGCUCUUCAGCUCGGCCGGAGACGACUUCACCUGUGAAAACCUCCACAAUCCAGUCGACCACAGCAGAAAUCUCCAGCCUCAUGGAUUCAGUCACCACUCCUGCGCAAUCCAGCCUGGCUGAGACAAUCACUAGUGACCAGGUCACUACAGAAGGGAGAGGAACGACGGUGACCUCUGUGGAGCGUGAACAAACAUCCUCGGCUGCUCCUGGGACAAGCACAACUUCUGCCACCGCCUCUUCUCUUCCAACAAGCUCAGCUGCAGAGACCACGUCACCAGCUCUCACCAGCACUGCAAGCACCACCACGCCGUUGGAGACAAGCUCUACCGCUGCUGCUACUUCAACUUUAAACUCUGAGCCCAGUGCUGUGCCUACCGCCUUGAGAACAGAAUUCUCCACCUCGAGUGCACAGGCAACAUCGUCUACGGCUGCAGCCUCUUCCACUGGGGCCGACACGUCGCCAUUGGAGACAACCUCCCCGGUCCCCUCGACAGCAGAACGAACCUCCAAAGCAAAGUCUUCCACCAUCACAAGCAUGCAAUCCAGCCUGUCUGAGAGUUCCCCGAGUCAGCAGGUCACCACUGCAGCACCAGAGGCAACAACAGCGACCACCACGGUCCUUGCCCCAACGUCGACCUCUGCUCCUGGGACAAGUCCGUCUUCUGUGACCACUUCUGCUCUUCCAUCGAGCUCUACUCUUGAGACAAGUAGCCCAUCUCUCACCACUGCUCCACCCACCAGCAGCACCGUAGCUGAAACUGCCUCCUCAGCUCCUGAUCUGGGCACAUCCACCGUUGGCUCAACCACUGCGUCCAGGAGCACAAGGCCGGAAGGCAGCACGUCGACUGUACACACCACAGCUGAAGCGCAGUCGACGGCUUCCGCGUCCUCAGACCAUCCAGAGACCUCUCCACUUGCGACAACCUCCAGAAUGCUGUCGACCACAGCAGAAAUCUCCCACCUCAUGGCUACAGCCACCACUCCAUUCCAAUCCAGCCAGGCUGGAACAGAUUCUCUUUCCCAGGUCACCACUGCAGCAACAGAGUUCACAUCUGUGACCACCACGGUCCUCGCUGAAACGUCGACCUCUGCUCCUGGGUCAAGCGCAACUUCUGCCAGCCCUUCUUCUGCUCCUCUGAGCUCUACUCUGGAGAAAACUGCCCCAUCUCUCACCACAGCUACACCCACCAGCAGCAGUACCGUUCCUGAGUCAACCUCCUCAGCUGCACGUCUGGGCACAUCCACAGUUGGGUCCAGCAGUGUAUCCAGCACCACAAGGCCACGAGGCACCACCACGGCUGCGCAGUCCACAACCCAGCCUGAGUCUAUGGCGUCAGGCUCUUCAGCUCGGCCGGAGACGACUUCACCUGUGAAAACCUCCACAAUCCAGUCGACCACAGCAGAAAUCUCCAGCCUCAUGGAUUCAGUCACCACUCCUGCGCAAUCCAGCCUGGCUGAGACAAUCACUAGUGACCAGGUCACUACAGAAGGGAGAGGAACGACGGUGACCUCUGUGGAGCGUGAACAAACAUCCUCGGCUGCUCCUGGGACAAGCACAACUUCUGCCACCGCCUCUUCUCUUCCAACAAGCUCAGCUGCAGAGACCACGUCACCAGCUCUCACCAGCACUGCAAGCACCACCACGCCGUUGGAGACAAGCUCUACCGCUGCUGCUACUUCAACUUUAAACUCUGAGCCCAGUGCUGUGCCUACCGCCUUGAGAACAGAAUUCUCCACCUCGAGUGCACAGGCAACAUCGUCUACGGCUGCAGCCUCUUCCACUGGGGCCGACACGUCGCCAUUGGAGACAACCUCCCCGGUCCCCUCGACAGCAGAACGAACCUCCAAAGCAAAGUCUUCCACCAUCACAAGCAUGCAAUCCAGCCUGUCUGAGAGUUCCCCGAGUCAGCAGGUCACCACUGCAGCACCAGAGGCAACAACAGCGACCACCACGGUCCUUGCCCCAACGUCGACCUCUGCUCCUGGGACAAGUCCGUCUUCUGUGGCCACUUCUGCUCUUCCAUCGAGCUCUACUCUUGAGACAAGUAGCCCAUCUCUCACCACUGCUCCACCCACCAGCAGCACCGUAGCUGAAACUGCCUCCUCAGCUCCUGAUCUGGGCACAUCCACCGUUGGCUCAACCACUGCGUCCAGGAGCACAAGGCCGGAAGGCAGCACGUCGACUGUACACACCACAGCUGAAGCGCAGUCGACGGCUUCCGCGUCCUCAGACCAUCCAGAGACCUCUCCACUUGCGACAACCUCCAGAAUGCUGUCGACCACAGCAGAAAUCUCCCGCCUCAUGGCUACAGCCACCACUCCAUUCCAAUCCAGCCAGGCUGGAACAGAUUCUCUUUCCCAGGUCACCACUGCAGCAACAGAGUUCACAUCUGUGACCACCACGGUCCUCGCUGAAACGUCGACCUCUGCUCCUGGGUCAAGCGCAACUUCUGCCAGCCCUUCUUCUGCUCCUCUGAGCUCUACUCUGGAGAAAACUGCCCCAUCUCUCACCACAGCUACACCCACCAGCAGCAGUACCGUUCCUGAGUCAACCUCCUCAGCUGCACGUCUGGGCACAUCCACAGUUGGGUCCAGCAGUGUAUCCAGCACCACAAGGCCACGAGGCACCACCACGGCUGCGCAGUCCACAACCCAGCCUGAGUCUAUGGCGUCAGGCUCUUCAGCUCGGCCGGAGACGACUUCACCUGUGAAAACCUCCACAAUCCAGUCGACCACAGCAGAAAUCUCCAGCCUCAUGGAUUCAGUCACCACUCCUGCGCAAUCCAGCCUGGCUGAGACAAUCACUAGUGACCAGGUCACUACAGAAGGGAGAGGAACGACGGUGACCUCUGUGGAGCGUGAACAAACAUCCUCGGCUGCUCCUGGGACAAGCACAACUUCUGCCACCGCCUCUUCUCUUCCAACAAGCUCAGCUGCAGAGACCACGUCACCAGCUCUCACCAGCACUGCAAGCACCACCACGCCGUUGGAGACAAGCUCUACCGCUGCUGCUACUUCAACUUUAAACUCUGAGCCCAGUGCUGUGCCUACCGCCUUGAGAACAGAAUUCUCCACCUCGAGUGCACAGGCAACAUCGUCUACGGCUGCAGCCUCUUCCACUGGGGCCGACACGUCGCCAUUGGAGACAACCUCCCCGGUCCCCUCGACAGCAGAACGAACCUCCAAAGCAAAGUCUUCCACCAUCACAAGCAUGCAAUCCAGCCUGUCUGAGAGUUCCCUGAGUCAGCAGGUCACCACUGCAGCACCAGAGGCAACAACAGCGACCUCCACGGUCCUUGCCCCAACGUCGACCUCUGCUCCUGGGACACGUCCGUCUUCUGUGGCCACUUCUGCUCUUCCAUCGAGCUCUACUCUUGAGACAAGUAGCCCAUCUCUCACCACUGCUCCACCCACCAGCAGCACCGUAGCUGAAACUGCCUCCUCAGCUCCUGAUCUGGGCACAUCCACCGUUGGCUCAACCACUGCGUCCAGGAGCACAAGGCCGGAAGGCAGCACGUCGACUGUACACACCACAGCUGAAGCGCAGUCGACGGCUUCCGCGUCCUCAGACCAUCCAGAGACCUCUCCACUUGCGACAACCUCCAGAAUGCUGUCGACCACAGCAGAAAUCUCCCGCCUCAUGGCUACAGCCACCACUCCAUUCCAAUCCAGCCAGGCUGGAACAGAUUCUCUUUCCCAGGUCACCACUGCAGCAACAGAGUUCACAUCUGUGACCACCACGGUCCUCGCUGAAACGUCGACCUCUGCUCCUGGGUCAAGCGCAACUUCUGCCAGCCCUUCUUCUGCUCCUCUGAGCUCUACUCUGGAGAAAACUGCCCCAUCUCUCACCACAGCUACACCCACCAGCAGCAGUACCGUUCCUGAGUCAACCUCCUCAGCUGCACGUCUGGGCACAUCCACAGUUGGGUCCAGCAGUGUAUCCAGCACCACAAGGCCACGAGGCACCACCACGGCUGCGCAGUCCACAACCCAGCCUGAGUCUAUGGCGUCAGGCUCUUCAGCUCGGCCGGAGACGACUUCACCUGUGAAAACCUCCACAAUCCAGUCGACCACAGCAGAAAUCUCCAGCCUCAUGGAUUCAGUCACCACUCCUGCGCAAUCCAGCCUGGCUGAGACAAUCACUAGUGACCAGGUCACUACAGAUGGGAGAGGAACGACGGUGACCUCUGUGGAGCGUGAACAAACAUCCUCGGCUGCUCCUGGGACAAGCACAACUUCUGCCACCGCCUCUUCUCUUCCAACAAGCUCAGCUGCAGAGACCACGUCACCAGCUCUCACCAGCACUGCAAGCACCACCACGCCGUUGGAGACAAGCUCUACCGCUGCUGCUACUUCAACUUUAAACUCUGAGCCCAGUGCUGUGCCUACCGCCUUGAGAACAGAAUUCUCCACCUCGAGUGCACAGGCAACAUCGUCUACGGCUGCAGCCUCUUCCACUGGGGCCGACACGUCGCCAUUGGAGACAACCUCCCCGGUCCCCUCGACAGCAGAACGAACCUCCAAAGCAAAGUCUUCCACCAUCACAAGCAUGCAAUCCAGCCUGUCUGAGAGUUCCCCGAGUCAGCAGGUCACCACUGCAGCACCAGAGGCAACAACAGCGACCACCACGGUCCUUGCCCCAACGUUGACCUCUGCUCCUGGGACAAGUCCGUCUUCUGUGACCACUUCUGCUCUUCCAUCGAGCUCUACUCUUGAGACAAGUAGCCCAUCUCUCACCACUGCUCCACCCACCAGCAGCACCGUAGCUGAAACUGCCUCCUCAGCUCCUGAUCUGGGCACAUCCACCGUUGGCUCAACCACUGCGUCCAGGAGCACAAGGCCGGAAGGCAGCACGUCGACUGUACACACCACAGCUGAAGCGCAGUCGACGGCUUUUGCGUCCUCAGACUAUCCAGAGACCUCUCCACUUGCGACAACCUCCAGAAUGCUGUCGACCACAGCAGAAAUCUCCCGCCUCAUGGCUACAGCCACCACUCCAUUCCAAUCCAGCCAGGCUGGAACAGAUUCUCUUUCCCAGGUCACCACUGCAGCAACAGAGUUCACAUCUGUGACCACCACGGUCCUCGCUGAAACGUCGACCUCUGCUCCUGGGUCAAGCGCAACUUCUGCCAGCCCUUCUUCUGCUCCUCUGAGCUCUACUCUGGAGAAAACUGCCCCAUCUCUCACCACAGCUACACCCACCAGCAGCAGUACCGUUCCUGAGUCAACCUCCUCAGCUGCACGUCUGGGCACAUCCACAGUUGGGUCCAGCAGUGUAUCCAGCACCACAAGGCCACGAGGCACCACCACGGCUGCGCAGUCCACAACCCAGCCUGAGUCUAUGGCGUCAGGCUCUUCAGCUCGGCCGGAGACGACUUCACCUGUGAAAACCUCCACAAUCCAGUCGACCACAGCAGAAAUCUCCAGCCUCAUGGAUUCAGUCACCACUCCUGCGCAAUCCAGCCUGGCUGAGACAAUCACUAGUGACCAGGUCACUACAGAAGGGAGAGGAACGACGGUGACCUCUGUGGAGCGUGAACAAACAUCCUCGGCUGCUCCUGGGACAAGCACAACUUCUGCCACCGCCUCUUCUCUUCCAACAAGCUCAGCUGCAGAGACCACGUCACCAGCUCUCACCAGCACUGCAAGCACCACCACGCCGUUGGAGACAAGCUCUACCGCUGCUGCUACUUCAACUUUAAACUCUGAGCCCAGUGCUGUGCCUACCGCCUUGAGAACAGAAUUCUCCACCUCGAGUGCACAGGCAACAUCGUCUACGGCUGCAGCCUCUUCCACUGGGGCCGACACGUCGCCAUUGGAGACAACCUCCCCGGUCCCCUCGACAGCAGAACGAACCUCCAAAGCAAAGUCUUCCACCAUCACAAGCAUGCAAUCCAGCCUGUCUGAGAGUUCCCCGAGUCAGCAGGUCACCACUGCAGCACCAGAGGCAACAACAGCGACCACCACGGUCCUUGCCCCAACGUCGACCUCUGCUCCUGGGACAAGUCCGUCUUCUGUGACCACUUCUGCUCUUCCAUCGAGCUCUACUCUUGAGACAAGUAGCCCAUCUCUCACCACUGCUCCACCCACCAGCAGCACCGUAGCUGAAACUGCCUCCUCAGCUCCUGAUCUGGGCACAUCCACCGUUGGCUCAACCACUGCGUCCAGGAGCACAAGGCCGGAAGGCAGCACGUCGACUGUACACACCACAGCUGAAGCGCAGUCGACGGCUUCCGCGUCCUCAGACCAUCCAGAGACCUCUCCACUUGCGACAACCUCCAGAAUGCUGUCGACCACAGCAGAAAUCUCCCGCCUCAUGGCUACAGCCACCACUCCAUUCCAAUCCAGCCAGGCUGGAACAGAUUCUCUUUCCCAGGUCACCACUGCAGCAACAGAGUUCACAUCUGUGACCACCACGGUCCUCGCUGAAACGUCGACCUCUGCUCCUGGGUCAAGCGCAACUUCUGCCAGCCCUUCUUCUGCUCCUCUGAGCUCUACUCUGGAGAAAACUGCCCCAUCUCUCACCACAGCUACACCCACCAGCAGCAGUACCGUUCCUGAGUCAACCUCCUCAGCUGCACGUCUGGGCACAUCCACAGUUGGGUCCAGCAGUGUAUCCAGCACCACAAGGCCACGAGGCACCACCACGGCUGCGCAGUCCACAACCCAGCCUGAGUCUAUGGCGUCAGGCUCUUCAGCUCGGCCGGAGACGACUUCACCUGUGAAAACCUCCACAAUCCAGUCGACCACAGCAGAAAUCUCCAGCCUCAUGGAUUCAGUCACCACUCCUGCGCAAUCCAGCCUGGCUGAGACAAUCACUAGUGACCAGGUCACUACAGAAGGGAGAGGAACGACGGUGACCUCUGUGGAGCGUGAACAAACAUCCUCGGCUGCUCCUGGGACAAGCACAACUUCUGCCACCGCCUCUUCUCUUCCAACAAGCUCAGCUGCAGAGACCACGUCACCAGCUCUCACCAGCACUGCAAGCACCACCACGCCGUUGGAGACAAGCUCUACCGCUGCUGCUACUUCAACUUUAAACUCUGAGCCCAGUGCUGUGCCUACCGCCUUGAGAACAGAAUUCUCCACCUCGAGUGCACAGGCAACAUCGUCUACGGCUGCAGCCUCUUCCACUGGGGCCGACACGUCGCCAUUGGAGACAACCUCCCCGGUCCCCUCGACAGCAGAACGAACCUCCAAAGCAAAGUCUUCCACCAUCACAAGCAUGCAAUCCAGCCUGUCUGAGAGUUCCCCGAGUCAGCAGGUCACCACUGCAGCACCAGAGGCAACAACAGCGACCACCACGGUCCUUGCCCCAACGUCGACCUCUGCUCCUGGGACAAGUCCGUCUUCUGUGACCACUUCUGCUCUUCCAUCGAGCUCUACUCUUGAGACAAGUAGCCCAUCUCUCACCACUGCUCCACCCACCAGCAGCACCGUAGCUGAAACUGCCUCCUCAGCUCCUGAUCUGGGCACAUCCACCGUUGGCUCAACCACUGCGUCCAGGAGCACAAGGCCGGAAGGCAGCACGUCGACUGUACACACCACAGCUGAAGCGCAGUCGACGGCUUCCGCGUCCUCAGACUAUCCAGAGACCUCUCCACUUGCGACAACCUCCAGAAUGCUGUCGACCACAGCAGAAAUCUCCCGCCUCAUGGCUACAGCCACCGCUCCAUUCCAAUCCAGCCAGGCUGGAACAGAUUCUCUUUCCCAGGUCACCACUGCAGCAACAGAGUUCACAUCUGUGACCACCACGGUCCUCGCUGAAACGUCGACCUCUGCUCCUGGGUCAAGCGCAACUUCUGCCAGCCCUUCUUCUGCUCCUCUGAGCUCUACUCUGGAGAAAACUGCCCCAUCUCUCACCACAGCUACACCCACCAGCAGCAGUACCGUUCCUGAGUCAACCUCCUCAGCUGCACGUCUGGGCACAUCCACAGUUGGGUCCAGCAGUGUAUCCAGCACCACAAGGCCACGAGGCACCACCACGGCUGCGCAGUCCACAACCCAGCCUGAGUCUAUGGCGUCAGGCUCUUCAGCUCGGCCGGAGACGACUUCACCUGUGAAAACCUCCACAAUCCAGUCGACCACAGCAGAAAUCUCCAGCCUCAUGGAUUCAGUCACCACUCCUGCGCAAUCCAGCCUGGCUGAGACAAUCACUAGUGACCAGGUCACUACAGAAGGGAGAGGAACGACGGUGACCUCUGUGGAGCGUGAACAAACAUCCUCGGCUGCUCCUGGGACAAGCACAACUUCUGCCACCGCCUCUUCUCUUCCAACAAGCUCAGCUGCAGAGACCACGUCACCAGCUCUCACCAGCACUGCAAGCACCACCACGCCGUUGGAGACAAGCUCUACCGCUGCUGCUACUUCAACUUUAAACUCUGAGCCCAGUGCUGUGCCUACCGCCUUGAGAACAGAAUUCUCCACCUCGAGUGCACAGGCAACAUCGUCUACGGCUGCAGCCUCUUCCACUGGGGCCGACACGUCGCCAUUGGAGACAACCUCCCCGGUCCCCUCGACAGCAGAACGAACCUCCAAAGCAAAGUCUUCCACCAUCACAAGCAUGCAAUCCAGCCUGUCUGAGAGUUCCCCGAGUCAGCAGGUCACCACUGCAGCACCAGAGGCAACAACAGCGACCACCACGGUCCUUGCCCCAACGUCGACCUCUGCUCCUGGGACAAGUCCGUCUUCUGUGACCACUUCUGCUCUUCCAUCGAGCUCUACUCUUGAGACAAGUAGCCCAUCUCUCACCACUGCUCCACCCACCAGCAGCACCGUAGCUGAAACUGCCUCCUCAGCUCCUGAUCUGGGCACAUCCACCGUUGGCUCAACCACUGCGUCCAGGAGCACAAGGCCGGAAGGCAGCACGUCGACUGUACACACCACAGCUGAAGCGCAGUCGACGGCUUCCGCGUCCUCAGACCAUCCAGAGACCUCUCCACUUGCGACAACCUCCAGAAUGCUGUCGACCACAGCAGAAAUCUCCCGCCUCAUGGCUACAGCCACCACUCCAUUCCAAUCCAGCCAGGCUGGAACAGAUUCUCUUUCCCAGGUCACCACUGCAGCAACAGAGUUCACAUCUGUGACCACCACGGUCCUCGCUGAAACGUUGACCUCUGCUCCUGGGUCAAGCGCAACUUCUGCCAGCCCUUCUUCUGCUCCUCUGAGCUCUACUCUGGAGAAAACUGCCCCAUCUCUCACCACAGCUACACCCACCAGCAGCAGUACCGUUCCUGAGUCAACCUCCUCAGCUGCACGUCUGGGCACAUCCACAGUUGGGUCCAGCAGUGUAUCCAGCACCACAAGGCCACGAGGCACCACCACGGCUGCGCAGUCCACAACCCAGCCUGAGUCUAUGGCGUCAGGCUCUUCAGCUCGGCCGGAGACGACUUCACCUGUGAAAACCUCCACAAUCCAGUCGACCACAGCAGAAAUCUCCAGCCUCAUGGAUUCAGUCACCACUCCUGCGCAAUCCAGCCUGGCUGAGACAAUCACUAGUGACCAGGUCACUACAGAAGGGACAGGAACGACGGUGACCUCUGUGGAGCGUGAACAAACAUCCUUGGCUGCUCCUGGGACAAGCACAACUUCUGCCACCGCCUCUUCUCUUCCAACAAGCUCAGCUGCAGAGACCACGUCACCAGCUCUCACCAGCACUGCAAGCACCACCACGCCGUUGGAGACAAGCUCUACCGCUGCUGCUACUUCAACUUUAAACUCUGAGCCCAGUGCUGUGCCUACCGCCUUGAGAACAGAAUUCUCCACCUCGAGUGCACAGGCAACAUCGUCUACGGCUGCAGCCUCUUCCACUGGGGCCGACACGUCGCCAUUGGAGACAACCUCCCCGGUCCCCUCGACAGCAGAACGAACCUCCAAAGCAAAGUCUUCCACCAUCACAAGCAUGCAAUCCAGCCUGUCUGAGAGUUCCCCGAGUCAGCAGGUCACCACUGCAGCACCAGAGGCAACAACAGCGACCACCACAGUCCUUGCCCCAACGUCGACCUCUGCUCCUGGGACAAGUCCGUCUUCUGUGACCACUUCUGCUCUUCCAUCGAGCUCUACUCUUGAGACAAGUAGCCCAUCUCUCACCACUGCUCCACCCACCAGCAGCACCGUAGCUGAAACUGCCUCCUCAGCUCCUGAUCUGGGCACAUCCACCGUUGGCUCAACCACUGCGUCCAGGAGCACAAGGCCGGAAGGCAGCACGUCGACUGUACACACCACAGCUGAAGCGCAGUCGACGGCUUCCGCGUCCUCAGACCAUCCAGAGACCUCUCCACUUGCGACAACCUCCAGAAUGCUGUCGACCACAGCAGAAAUCUCCCGCCUCAUGGCUACAGCCACCACUCCAUUCCAAUCCAGCCAGGCUGGAACAGAUUCUCUUUCCCAGGUCACCACUGCAGCAACAGAGUUCACAUCUGUGACCACCACGGUCCUCGCUGAAACGUCGACCUCUGCUCCUGGGUCAAGCGCAACUUCUGCCAGCCCUUCUUCUGCUCCUCUGAGCUCUACUCUGGAGACAACUGCCCCAUCUCUCACCACAGCUACACCCACCAGCAGCAGUACCGUUCCUGAGUCAACCUCCUCAGCUGCACGUCUGGGCACAUCCACAGUUGAGUCCAGCAGUGUAUCCAGCACCACAAGGCCACGAAGCACCACCACGGCUGCGCAGUCCACAACCCAGCCUGAGUCUAUGGCGUCAGGCUCUUCAGCUCGGCCGGAGACGACUUCACCUGUGAAAACCUCCACAAUCCAGUCGACCACAGCAGAAAUCUCCAGCCUCAUGGAUUCAGUCACCACUCCUGCGCAAUCCAGCCUGGCUGAGACAAUCACUAGUGACCAGGUCACUACAGAAGGGACAGGAACGACGGUGACCUCUGUGGAGCGUGAACAAACAUCCUCGGCUGCUCCUGGGACAAGCACAACUUCUGCCACCGCCUCUUCUCUUCCAACAAGCUCAGCUGCAGAGACCACGUCACCAGCUCUCACCAGCACUGCAAGCACCACCACGCCGUUGGAGACAAGCUCUACCGCUGCUGCUACUUCAACUUUAAACUCUGAGCGCAGUGCUGUGCCUACCGCCUUGAGAACAGAAUUCUCCACCUCGAGUGCACAGGCAACAUCGUCUACGGCUGCAGCCUCUUCCACUGGGGCCGACACGUCGCCAUUGGAGACAACCUCCCCGGUCCCCUCGACAGCAGAACGAACCUCCAAAGCAAAGUCUUCCACCAUCACAAGCAUGCAAUCCAGCCUGUCUGAGAGUUCCCCGAGUCAGCAGGUCACCACUGCAGCACCAGAGGCAACAACAGCGACCACCACGGUCCUUGCCCCAACGUCGACCUCUGCUCCUGGGACAAGUCCGUCUUCUGUGACCACUUCUGCUCUUCCAUCGAGCUCUACUCUUGAGACAAGUAGCCCAUCUCUCACCACUGCUCCACCCACCAGCAGCACCGUAGCUGAAACUGCCUCCUCAGCUCCUGAUCUGGGCACAUCCACCGUUGGCUCAACCACUGCGUCCAGGAGCACAAGGCCGGAAGGCAGCACGUCGACUGUACACACCACAGCUGAAGCGCAGUCGACGGCUUCCGCGUCCUCAGACCAUCCAGAGACCUCUCCACUUGCGACAACCUCCAGAAUGCUGUCGACCACAGCAGAAAUCUCCCGCCUCAUGGCUACAGCCACCACUCCAUUCCAAUCCAGCCAGGCUGGAACAGAUUCUCUUUCCCAGGUCACCACUGCAGCAACAGAGUUCACAUCUGUGACCACCACGGUCCUCGCUGAAACGUUGACCUCUGCUCCUGGGUCAAGCGCAACUUCUGCCAGCCCUUCUUCUGCUCCUCUGAGCUCUACUCUGGAGAAAACUGCCCCAUCUCUCACCACAGCUACACCCACCAGCAGCAGUACCGUUCCUGAGUCAACCUCCUCAGCUGCACGUCUGGGCACAUCCACAGUUGGGUCCAGCAGUGUAUCCAGCACCACAAGGCCACGAGGCACCACCACGGCUGCGCAGUCCACAACCCAGCCUGAGUCUAUGGCGUCAGGCUCUUCAGCUCGGCCGGAGACGACUUCACCUGUGAAAACCUCCACAAUCCAGUCGACCACAGCAGAAAUCUCCAGCCUCAUGGAUUCAGUCACCACUCCUGCGCAAUCCAGCCUGGCUGAGACAAUCACUAGUGACCAGGUCACUACAGAAGGGACAGGAACGACGGUGACCUCUGUGGAGCGUGAACAAACAUCCUCGGCUGCUCCUGGGACAAGCACAACUUCUGCCACCGCCUCUUCUCUUCCAACAAGCUCAGCUGCAGAGACCACGUCACCAGCUCUCACCAGCACUGCAAGCACCACCACGCCGUUGGAGACAAGCUCUACCGCUGCUGCUACUUCAACUUUAAACUCUGAGCCCAGUGCUGUGCCUACCGCCUUGAGAACAGAAUUCUCCACCUCGAGUGCACAGGCAACAUCGUCUACGGCUGCAGCCUCUUCCACUGGGGCCGACACGUCGCCAUUGGAGACAACCUCCCCGGUCCCCUCGACAGCAGAACGAACCUCCAAAGCAAAGUCUUCCACCAUCACAAGCAUGCAAUCCAGCCUGUCUGAGAGUUCCCCGAGUCAGCAGGUCACCACUGCAGCACCAGAGGCAACAACAGCGACCACCACAGUCCUUGCCCCAACGUCGACCUCUGCUCCUGGGACAAGUCCGUCUUCUGUGACCACUUCUGCUCUUCCAUCGAGCUCUACUCUUGAGACAAGUAGCCCAUCUCUCACCACUGCUCCACCCACCAGCAGCACCGUAGCUGAAACUGCCUCCUCAGCUCCUGAUCUGGGCACAUCCACCGUUGGCUCAACCACUGCGUCCAGGAGCACAAGGCCGGAAGGCAGCACGUCGACUGUACACACCACAGCUGAAGCGCAGUCGACGGCUUCCGCGUCCUCAGACCAUCCAGAGACCUCUCCACUUGCGACAACCUCCAGAAUGCUGUCGACCACAGCAGAAAUCUCCCGCCUCAUGGCUACAGCCACCACUCCAUUCCAAUCCAGCCAGGCUGGAACAGAUUCUCUUUCCCAGGUCACCACUGCAGCAACAGAGUUCACAUCUGUGACCACCACGGUCCUCGCUGAAACGUCGACCUCUGCUCCUGGGUCAAGCGCAACUUCUGCCAGCCCUUCUUCUGCUCCUCUGAGCUCUACUCUGGAGACAACUGCCCCAUCUCUCACCACAGCUACACCCACCAGCAGCAGUACCGUUCCUGAGUCAACCUCCUCAGCUGCACGUCUAGGCACAUCCACAGUUGGGUCCAGCAGUGUAUCCAGCACCACAAGGCCACGAAGCACCACCACGGCUGCGCAGUCCACAACCCAGCCUGAGUCUAUGGCGUCAGGCUCUUCAGCUCGGCCGGAGACGACUUCACCUGUGAAAACCUCCACAAUCCAGUCGACCACAGCAGAAAUCUCCAGCCUCAUGGAUUCAGUCACCACUCCUGCGCAAUCCAGCCUGGCUGAGACAAUCACUAGUGACCAGGUCACUACAGAAGGGAGAGGAACGACGGUGACCUCUGUGGAGCGUGAACAAACAUCCUCGGCUGCUCCUGGGACAAGCACAACUUCUGCCACCGCCUCUUCUCUUCCAACAAGCUCAGCUGCAGAGACCACGUCACCAGCUCUCACCAGCACUGCAAGCACCACCACGCCGUUGGAGACAAGCUCUACCGCUGCUGCUACUUCAACUUUAAACUCUGAGCGCAGUGCUGUGCCUACCGCCUUGAGAACAGAAUUCUCCACCUCGAGUGCACAGGCAACAUCGUCUACGGCUGCAGCCUCUUCCACUGGGGCCGACACGUCGCCAUUGGAGACAACCUCCCCGGUCCCCUCGACAGCAGAACGAACCUCCAAAGCAAAGUCUUCCACCAUCACAAGCAUGCAAUCCAGCCUGUCUGAGAGUUCCCCGAGUCAGCAGGUCACCACUGCAGCACCAGAGGCAACAACAGCGACCACCACGGUCCUUGCCCCAACGUCGACCUCUGCUCCUGGGACAAGUCCGUCUUCUGUGACCACUUCUGCUCUUCCAUCGAGCUCUACUCUUGAGACAAGUAGCCCAUCUCUCACCACUGCUCCACCCACCAGCAGCACCGUAGCUGAAACUGCCUCCUCAGCUCCUGAUCUGGGCACAUCCACCGUUGGCUCAACCACUGCGUCCAGGAGCACAAGGCCGGAAGGCAGCACGUCGACUGUACACACCACAGCUGAAGCGCAGUCGACGGCUUCCGCGUCCUCAGACCAUCCAGAGACCUCUCCACUUGCGACAACCUCCAGAAUGCUGUCGACCACAGCAGAAAUCUCCCGCCUCAUGGCUACAGCCACCACUCCAUUCCAAUCCAGCCAGGCUGGAACAGAUUCUCUUUCCCAGGUCACCACUGCAGCAACAGAGUUCACAUCUGUGACCACCACGGUCCUCGCUGAAACGUCGACCUCUGCUCCUGGGUCAAGCGCAACUUCUGCCAGCCCUUCUUCUGCUCCUCUGAGCUCUACUCUGGAGACAACUGCCCCAUCUCUCACCACAGCUACACCCACCAGCAGCAGUACCGUUCCUGAGUCAACCUCCUCAGCUGCACGUCUGGGCACAUCCACAGUUGGGUCCAGCAGUGUAUCCAGCACCACAAGGCCACGAGGCACCACCACGGCUGCGCAGUCCACAACCCAGCCUGAGUCUAUGGCGUCAGGCUCUUCAGCUCGGCCGGAGACGACUUCACCUGUGAAAACCUCCACAAUCCAGUCGACCACAGCAGAAAUCUCCAGCCUCAUGGAUUCAGUCACCACUCCUGCGCAAUCCAGCCUGGCUGAGACAAUCACUAGUGACCAGGUCACUACAGAAGGGAGAGGAACGACGGUGACCUCUGUGGAGCGUGAACAAACAUCCUCGGCUGCUCCUGGGACAAGCACAACUUCUGCCACCGCCUCUUCUCUUCCAACAAGCUCAGCUGCAGAGACCACUUCACCAGCUCUCACCAGCACUGCAAGCACCACCACGCCGUUGGAGACAAGCUCUACCGCUGCUGCUACUUCAACUUUAAACUCUGAGCCCAGUGCUGUGCCUACCGCCUUGAGAACAGAAUUCUCCACCUCGAGUGCACAGGCAACAUCGUCUACGGCUGCAGCCUCUUCCACUGGGGCCAACACGUCGCCAUUGGAGACAACCUCCCCGGUCCCCUCGACAGCAGAACGAACCUCCAAAGCAAAGUCUUCCACCAUCACAAGCAUGCAAUCCAGCCUGUCUGAGAGUUCCCCGAGUCAGCAGGUCACCACUGCAGCACCAGAGGCAACAACAGCGACCACCACGGUCCUUGCCCCAACGUCGACCUCUGCUCCUGGGACAAGUCCGUCUUCUGUGACCACUUCUGCUCUUCCAUCGAGCUCUACUCUUGAGACAAGUAGCCCAUCUCUCACCACUGCUCCACCCACCAGCAGCACCGUAGCUGAAACUGCCUCCUCAGCUCCUGAUCUGGGCACAUCCACCGUUGGCUCAACCACUGCGUCCAGGAGCACAAGGCCGGAAGGCAGCACGUCGACUGUACACACCACAGCUGAAGCGCAGUCGACGGCUUCCGCGUCCUCAGACCAUCCAGAGACCUCUCCACUUGCGACAACCUCCAGAAUGCUGUCGACCACAGCAGAAAUCUCCCGCCUCAUGGCUACAGCCACCACUCCAUUCCAAUCCAGCCAGGCUGGAACAGAUUCUCUUUCCCAGGUCACCACUGCAGCAACAGAGUUCACAUCUGUGACCACCACGGUCCUCGCUGAAACGUCGACCUCUGCUCCUGGGUCAAGCGCAACUUCUGCCAGCCCUUCUUCUGCUCCUCUGAGCUCUACUCUGGAGACAACUGCCCCAUCUCUCACCACAGCUACACCCACCAGCAGCAGUACCGUUCCUGAGUCAACCUCCUCAGCUGCACGUCUGGGCACAUCCACAGUUGGGUCCAGCAGUGUAUCCAGCACCACAAGGCCACGAGGCACCACCACGGCUGCGCAGUCCACAACCCAGCCUGAGUCUAUGGCGUCAGGCUCUUCAGCUCGGCCGGAGACGACUUCACCUGUGAAAACCUCCACAAUCCAGUCGACCACAGCAGAAAUCUCCAGCCUCAUGGAUUCAGUCACCACUCCUGCGCAAUCCAGCCUGGCUGAGACAAUCACUAGUGACCAGGUCACUACAGAAGGGAGAGGAACGACGGUGACCUCUGUGGAGCGUGAACAAACAUCCUCGGCUGCUCCUGGGACAAGCACAACUUCUGCCACCGCCUCUUCUCUUCCAACAAGCUCAGCUGCAGAGACCACUUCACCAGCUCUCACCAGCACUGCAAGCACCACCACGCCGUUGGAGACAAGCUCUACCGCUGCUGCUACUUCAACUUUAAACUCUGAGCCCAGUGCUGUGCCUACCGCCUUGAGAACAGAAUUCUCCACCUCGAGUGCACAGGCAACAUCGUCUACGGCUGCAGCCUCUUCCACUGGGGCCAACACGUCGCCAUUGGAGACAACCUCCCCGGUCCCCUCGACAGCAGAACGAACCUCCAAAGCAAAGUCUUCCACCAUCACAAGCAUGCAAUCCAGCCUGUCUGAGAGUUCCCCGAGUCAGCAGGUCACCACUGCAGCACCAGAGGCAACAACAGCGACCACCACGGUCCUUGCCCCAACGUCGACCUCUGCUCCUGGGACAAGUCCGUCUUCUGUGACCACUUCUGCUCUUCCAUCGAGCUCUACUCUUGAGACAAGUAGCCCAUCUCUCACCACUGCUCCACCCACCAGCAGCACCGUAGCUGAAACUGCCUCCUCAGCUCCUGAUCUGGGCACAUCCACCGUUGGCUCAACCACUGCGUCCAGGAGCACAAGGCCGGAAGGCAGCACGUCGACUGUACACACCACAGCUGAAGCGCAGUCGACGGCUUCCGCGUCCUCAGACCAUCCAGAGACCUCUCCACUUGCGACAACCUCCAGAAUGCUGUUGACCACAGCAGAAAUCUCCCGCCUCAUGGCUACAGCCACCACUCCAUUCCAAUCCAGCCAGGCUGGAACAGAUUCUCUUUCCCAGGUCACCACUGCAGCAACAGAGUUCACAUCUGUGACCACCACGGUCCUCGCUGAAACGUCGACCUCUGCUCCUGGGUCAAGCGCAACUUCUGCCAGCCCUUCUUCUGCUCCUCUGAGCUCUACUCUGGAGAAAACUGCCCCAUCUCUCACCACAGCUACACCCACCAGCAGCAGUACCGUUCCUGAGUCAACCUCCUCAGCUGCACGUCUGGGCACAUCCACAGUUGGGUCCAGCAGUGUAUCCAGCACCACAAGGCCACGAGGCACCACCACGGCUGCGCAGUCCACAACCCAGCCUGAGUCUAUGGCGUCAGGCUCUUCAGCUCGGCCGGAGACGACUUCACCUGUGAAAACCUCCACAAUCCAGUCGACCACAGCAGAAAUCUCCAGCCUCAUGGAUUCAGUCACCACUCCUGCGCAAUCCAGCCUGGCUGAGACAAUCACUAGUGACCAGGUCACUACAGAAGGGAGAGGAAUGACGGUGACCUCUGUGGAGCGUGAACAAACAUCCUCGGCUGCUCCUGGGACAAGCACAACUUUUGUGACCACUUCUGCUGUUCCACUGACCUCUACCCCAGAGAUCACUUCCCCAGCUUUCUCCACAACUACACCCAGAAGCAGUAGUGCUCUUGAGACAACCUCCACAGCUGCUGGUCUGGCCACAUCACGUGUUCAGCCCACCACAGCAUCCACCACCACAAGGCUGGUAGGCACCACUUCCGCUGUGCAGUCCUCAUCUGAGUCUACGGCUUCAGUCUCUUCAUCUCGGCUGGAAACGUCUCCACUUGUCACAACCUCCACAAUCCUGUCAACGACAGCAGAAAUCUCCAGCCUGAAGACUACUGCCUCCUCUCCAGUCCAAUCGAGCCCUACUGUGACAUCCACUCCUGAGCAGGUCACCUCUGAAGGGGCAGAAACAACGACGACCCCUGUGGCGCGUACACAAAUGUCCUCUGGUGCCCCUGGCACAAGCCCAACUUCUGCCACUGCUUCUUCUCUUCCAACGAGCUCUGCUCCAGAGACCACUUCACCAGCUCUCACCACCACUACAAGUACCACCACGCCGUUGGAGACAACCUCAUCUGCUGCUGCUACGUCAACUUUAACCACUGAGUCCAGCACUGGGCCCACCUCCUUGACAACAGAGAUCUCCACCUCGAGUGCACAGGCCACAUCGCCUCCCGAGUCCACCGCUGCAGCCUCUUCCACUAGAGCUGAAACAUCUACAUUGGAGACAACCUCCACAGUCCUGUCAACUGUGGAACAAACCUCCAAAGCAAAGACUUCUGCCACCACAACCAUGCAAUCCAGCCUGUCUGAGAGUUCCCCGAGUCAGCAGGUCACCACUGCAGCACAAGAGGCAACAACAGGAACCACCACGGUCCUUGCCCAAACAUCAACGUCUGCUCCUGGGACAAGCCCAACUUCUGUGACCACUUCUGCUGCUCCACUGAGCUCUACCCCGGAGAUCACUUCCCCAGCUUUCUCCACAAGUACACCCACCAGCAGUAGUGUUCUUGAGAAAACCUCCACAGCGGCUGGUCUGGCCACAUCAAUCAUUGAGUCCACAACUGUGUCCAGCACCAGAAGUCCAGAAGCCACCACCUUCGUUGUGCAGUCCACAUCUGAGUCCACAUCUUCAGUCUCUUCAGCUCAGACCGAGACCUCUCCACAUGUGCCAACCUCCACAAUCAUGUCCACCAUAGUAGAAAGCUCCAGCCUCAAGACUUCAGCCACCACUCCAAUCCCAUCCAGCGCUGCUGGAACGUCACCUGCUGGCCAUGUAGUCAUGCCAGUGACAAAGAUAGGAGAGACCACUUCACCAGCUCUCACCACCACUACAAGUACCACCACGCCGUUGGAGACAACCUCAACUGCUGCUGCUACGUCAACUUUAACCACUGAGUCCAGCACUGUGCCCACCGCCUUGACAACAGAGAUCUCCACCUCGAGUGCACAGGCCACAUCGCCUCCCGAGUCCACGGCUGCAGCCUCUUCCACUAGAGCUGAAACAUCUACAUUGGAGACAACCUCCACAGUCCUGUCAACCGUGGAACAAACCUCCAAAGCAAAGACUUCUGCCACCACAACCAUGCAAUCCAGCCUGUCUGAGAGUUCCCCGAGUCAGCAGGUCACCACUGCAGCACCAGAGACAACAACGGCGACCACCACGGUCCUUGCCCAAACGUCGACGUCUUCUCCUGGGAAAAGCCCAACUUCUAUGACCACUUCUGCUGCUCCACUGAGCUCUACCCCAGAGAUCACUUCCCCAGCUUUCUCCACAAGUACACCCACCAGCAGUAGUGUUCUUGAGAAAACCUCCACAGCUGCUGGUCUGGCCACAUCAAUCAUUGAGUCCACAACUGUGUCCAGCACCAGAAGUCCAGAAGCCACCACCUUCGUUGUGCAGUCCACAUCUGAGUCCACAUCUUCAGUCUCUUCAGCUCAGACCGAGACCUCUCCACAUGUGCCAACCUCCACAAUCAUGUCCACCAUAGUAGAAAGCUCCAGCCUCAAGACUUCAGCCACCACUCCAAUCCCAUCCAGCGCUGCUGGAACGUCACCUGCUGGCCAUGUAGUCAUGCCAGUGACAAAGAUAGGAGGUGCUACCACCACUGGCUUGGCACAAACGAUGUCCUCUGCUCCUGGGACAAGACCAACUUCUGCCACCACUUCUGCUCUUCCUCUGAGCUCUACUCUGGAAAUCACAUCUCCAGCUUUCACCACAACUUCACCCAGAAGCAGUAGUGCUCUUGAGACAACCUCCACAGCUGCUGGUCUGGCCACAUCACGUGUUCAGCCCACCACAGCAUCCACCACCACAAGGCUGGUAGGCACCACUUCCGCUGUGCAGUCCUCAUCUGAGUCUACGGCUUCAGUCUCUUCAUCUCGGCUGGAAACGUCUCCACUUGUGACAACCUCCACAAUCCUGUCAACGACAGCAGAAAUCUCCAGCCUGAAGACUACUGCCUCCUCUCCAGUCCAAUCGAGCCCUACUGUGACAUCCACUCCUGAGCAGGUCACCUCUGAAGGGGCAGAAACAACGACGACCCCUGUGGCGCGUACACAAAUGUCCUCUGGUGCCCCUGGCACAAGCCCAACUUCUGCCACUGCUUCUUCUCUUCCAACGAGCUCUGCUCCAGAGACCACUUCACCAGCUCUCACCACCACUACAAGUACCACCACGCCGUUGGAGACAACUUCAACUGCUGCUUCUACGUCAACUUUAACCACUGAGUCCAGCACUGUGCCCACCGCCUUGACAACAGAGAUCUCCACCUCGAGUGCACAGGCCACAUCGCCUCCCGAGUCCACGGCUGCAGCUUCUUCCACUAGAGCUGAAACAUCUACAUUGGAGACAACCUCCACAGUCCUGUCAACCGUGGAACAAACCUCCAAAGCAAAGACUUCUGCCACCACAACCAUGCAAUCCAGCCUGUCUGAGAGUUCCCCGAGUCAGCAGGUCACCACUGCAGCACCAGAGACAACAACAGGGACCACCACGGUCCUUGCCCAAACGUCAACGUCUGGUCCUGGGUCAAGCUCAACUUCUGUGACCACUUCUGCUGCUCCACUGAGCUCUACCCCAGAGAUCACUUCCCCAGCUUUCUCCACAAGUACACCCACCAGCAGUAGUGUUCUUGAGAAAACCUCCACAGCUGCUGGUCUGGCCACAUCAAUCAUUGAGUCCACAACUGUGUCCAGCACCAGAAGUCCAGAAGCCACCACCUUCGUUGUGCAGUCCACAUCUGAGUCCACAUCUUCAGUCUCUUCAGCUCAGACCGAGACCUCUCCACAUGUGCCAACCUCCACAAUCAUGUCCACCAUAGUAGAAAGCUCCAGCCUCAAGACUUCAGCCACCACUCCAAUCCCAUCCAGCGCUGCUGGAACGUCACCUGCUGGCCAUGUAGUCAUGCCAGUGACAAAGAUAGGAGGUGCUACCACCACUGGCUUGGCACAAACGAUGUCCUCUGCUCCUGGGACAAGACCAACUUCUGCCACCACUUCUGCUCUUCCUCUGAGCUCUACUCUGGAAAUCACAUCUCCAGCUUUCACCACAACUUCACCCAGAAGCAGUAGUGCUCUUGAGACAACCUCCACAGCUGCUGGUCUGGCCACAUCACGUGUUCAGCCCACCACAGCAUCCACCACCACAAGGCUGGUAGGCACCACUUCCGCUGUGCAGUCCUCAUCUGAGUCUACGGCUUCAGUCUCUUCAUCUCGGCUGGAAACGUCUCCACUUGUGACAACCUCCACAAUCCUGUCAACGACAGCAGAAAUCUCCAGCCUGAAGACUACUGCCUCCUCUCCAGUCCAAUCGAGCCCUACUGUGACAUCCACUCCUGAGCAGGUCACCUCUGAAGGGGCAGAAACAACGACGACCCCUGUGGCGCGUACACAAAUGUCCUCUGGUGCCCCUGGCACAAGCCCAACUUCUGCCACUGCUUCUUCUCUUCCAACGAGCUCUGCUCCAGAGACCACUUCACCAGCUCUCACCACCACUACAAGUACCACCACGCCGUUGGAGACAACCUCAUCUGCUGCUGCUACAUCAACUUUAACCACUGAGUCCAGCACUGUGCCCACCUCCUUGAUAACAGAGAUCUCCACCUCGAGUGCACAGGCCACAUCGCCUCCCGAGUCCACGGCUGCAGCUUCUUCCACUAGAGCUGAAACAUCUACAUUGGAGACAACCUCCACAGUCCUGUCAACCGUGGAACAAACCUCCAAAGCAAAGACUUCUGCCACCACAACCAUGCAAUCCAGCCUGUCUGAGAGUUCCCCGAGUCAGCAGGUCACCACUGCAGCACCAGAGACAACAACAGGGACCACCACGGUCCUUGCCCAAACGUCAACGUCUGGUCCUGGGUCAAGCUCAACUUCUGUGACCACUUCUGCUGCUCCACUGAGCUCUACCCCAGAGAUCACUUCCCCAGCUUUCUCCACAAGUACACCCACCAGCAGUAGUGUUCUUGAGAAAACCUCCACAGCUGCUGGUCUGGCCACAUCAAUCAUUGAGUCCACAACUGUGUCCAGCACCAGAAGUCCAGAAGCCACCACCUUCGUUGUGCAGUCCACAUCUGAGUCCACAUCUUCAGUCUCUUCAGCUCAGACCGAGACCUCUCCACAUGUGCCAACCUCCACAAUCAUGUCCACCAUAGUAGAAAGCUCCAGCCUCAAGACUUCAGCCACCACUCCAAUCCCAUCCAGCGCUGCUGGAACGUCACCUGCUGGCCAUGUAGUCAUGCCAGUGACAAAGAUAGGAGGUGCUACCACCACUGGCUUGGCACAAACGAUGUCCUCUGCUCCUGGGACAAGACCAACUUCUGCCACCACUUCUGCUCUUCCUCUGAGCUCUACUCUGGAAAUCACAUCUCCAGCUUUCACCACAACUUCACCCAGAAGCAGUAGUGCUCUUGAGACAACCUCCACAGCUGCUGGUCUGGCCACAUCACGUGUUCAGCCCACCACAGCAUCCACCACCACAAGGCUGGUAGGCACCACUUCCGCUGUGCAGUCCUCAUCUGAGUCUACGGCUUCAGUCUCUUCAUCUCGGCUGGAAACGUCUCCACUUGUCACAACCUCCACGAUCCUGUCAACGACAGCAGAAAUCUCCAGCCUGAAGACUACUGCCUCCUCUCCAGUCCAAUCGAGCCCUACUGUGACAUCCACUCCUGAGCAGGUCACCUCUGAAGGGGCAGAAACAACGACGACCCCUGUGGCGCGUACACAAAUGUCCUCUGGUGCCCCUGGCACAAGCCCAACUUCUGCCACUGCUUCUUCUCUUCCAACGAGCUCUGCUCCAGAGACCACUUCACCAGCUCUCACCACCACUACAAGUACCACCACGCCGUUGGAGACAACUUCAACUGCUGCUUCUACGUCAACUUUAACCACUGAGUCCAGCACUGUGCCCACCUCCUUGAUAACAGAGAUCUCCACCUCGAGUGCACAGGCCACAUCGCCUCCCGAGUCCACGGCUGCAGCUUCUUCCACUAGAGCUGAAACAUCUACAUUGGAGACAACCUCCACAGUCCUGUCAACCGUGGAACAAACCUCCAAAGCAAAGACUUCUGCCACCACAACCAUGCAAUCCAGCCUGUCUGAGAGUUCCCCGAGUCAGCAGGUCACCACUGCAGCACCAGAGACAACAACAGGGACCACCACGGUCCUUGCCCAAACGUCAACGUCUGGUCCUGGGACAAGCCCAACUUCUGUGACCACUUCUGCUGCUCCACUGAGCUCUACCCCCGAGAUCACUUCCCAAGCUUUCUCCACAAGUACACCCACCAGCAGUAGUGUUCUUGAGAAAACCUCCACAGCUGCUGGUCUGGCCACAUCAAUCAUUGAGUCCACAACUGUGUCCAGCACCAGAAGUCCAGAAGCCACCACCUUCGUUGUGCAGUCCACAUCUGAGUCCACAUCUUCAGUCUCUUCAGCUCAGACCGAGACCUCUCCACAUGUGCCAACCUCCACAAUCAUGUCCACCAUAGUAGAAAGCUCCAGCCUCAAGACUUCAGCCACCACUCCAAUCCCAUCCAGCGCUGCUGGAACGUCACCUGCUGGCCAUGUAGUCAUGCCAGUGACAAAGAUAGGAGGUGCUACCACCACUGGCUUGGCACAAACGAUGUCCUCUGCUCCUGGGACAAGACCAACUUCUGCCACCACUUCUGCUCUUCCUCUGAGCUCUACUCUGGAAAUCACAUCUCCAGCUUUCACCACAACUUCACCCAGAAGCAGUAGUGCUCUUGAGACAACCUCCACAGCUGCUGGCCUGGCCACAUCACGUGUUCAGCCCACCACAGCAUCCACCACCACAAGGCUGGUAGGCACCACUUCCGCUGUGCAGUCCUCAUCUGAGUCUACGGCUUCAGUCUCUUCAUCUCGGCUGGAAACGUCUCCACUUGUGACAACCUCCACAAUCCUGUCAACGACAGCAGAAAUCUCCAGCCUGAAGACUACUGCCUCCUCUCCAGUCCAAUCGAGCCCUACUGUGACAUCCACUCCUGAGCAGGUCACCUCUGAAGGGGCAGAAACAACGACGACCCCUGUGGCGCGUACACAAAUGUCCUCUGGUGCCCCUGGCACAAGCCCAACUUCUGCCACUGCUUCUUCUCUUCCAACGAGCUCUGCUCCAGAGACCACUUCACCAGCUCUCACCACCACUACAAGUACCACCACGCCGUUGGAGACAACCUCAUCUGCUGCUGCUACAUCAACUUUAACCACUGAGUCCAGCACUGUGCCCACCUCCUUGAUAACAGAGAUCUCCACCUCGAGUGCACAGGCCACAUCGCCUCCCGAGUCCACGGCUGCAGCUUCUUCCACUAGAGCUGAAACAUCUACAUUGGAGACAACCUCCACAGUCCUGUCAACCGUGGAACAAACCUCCAAAGCAAAGACUUCUGCCACCACAACCAUGCAAUCCAGCCUGUCUGAGAGUUCCCCGAGUCAGCAGGUCACCACUGCAGCACCAGAGACAACAACAGGGACCACCACGGUCCUUGCCCAAACGUCAACGUCUGGUCCUGGGUCAAGCUCAACUUCUGUGACCACUUCUGCUGCUCCACUGAGCUCUACCCCAGAGAUCACUUCCCCAGCUUUCUCCACAAGUACACCCACCAGCAGUAGUGUUCUUGAGAAAACCUCCACAGCUGCUGGUCUGGCCACAUCAAUCAUUGAGUCCACAACUGUGUCCAGCACCAGAAGUCCAGAAGCCACCACCUUCGUUGUGCAGUCCACAUCUGAGUCCACAUCUUCAGUCUCUUCAGCUCAGACCGAGACCUCUCCACAUGUGCCAACCUCCACAAUCAUGUCCACCAUAGUAGAAAGCUCCAGCCUCAAGACUUCAGCCACCACUCCAAUCCCAUCCAGCGCUGCUGGAACGUCACCUGCUGGCCAUGUAGUCAUGCCAGUGACAAAGAUAGGAGGUGCUACCACCACUGGCUUGGCACAAACGAUGUCCUCUGCUCCUGGGACAAGACCAACUUCUGCCACCACUUCUGCUCUUCCUCUGAGCUCUACUCUGGAAAUCACAUCUCCAGCUUUCACCACAACUUCACCCAGAAGCAGUAGUGCUCUUGAGACAACCUCCACAGCUGCUGGCCUGGCCACAUCACGUGUUCAGCCCACCACAGCAUCCACCACCACAAGGCUGGUAGGCACCACUUCCGCUGUGCAGUCCUCAUCUGAGUCUACGGCUUCAGUCUCUUCAUCUCGGCUGGAAACGUCUCCACUUGUGACAACCUCCACGAUCCUGUCAACGACAGCAGAAAUCUCCAGCCUGAAGACUACUGCCUCCUCUCCAGUCCAAUUGAGCCCUACUGUGACAUCCACUCCUGAGCAGGUCACCUCUGAAGGGGCAGAAACAACGACGACCCCUGUGGCGCGUACACAAAUGUCCUCUGGUGCCCCUGGCACAAGCCCAACUUCUGCCACUGCUUCUUCUCUUCCAACGAGCUCUGCUCCAGAGACCACUUCACCAGCUCUCACCACCACUACAAGUACCACCACGCCGUUGGAGACAACCUCAUCUGCUGCUGCUACAUCAACUUUAACCACUGAGUCCAGCACUGUGCCCACCUCCUUGAUAACAGAGAUCUCCACCUCGAGUGCACAGGCCACAUCGCCUCCCGAGUCCACGGCUGCAGCUUCUUCCACUAGAGCUGAAACAUCUACAUUGGAGACAACCUCCACAGUCCUGUCAACCGUGGAACAAACCUCCAAAGCAAAGACUUCUGCCACCACAACCAUGCAAUCCAGCCUGUCUGAGAGUUCCCCGAGUCAGCAGGUCACCACUGCAGCACCAGAGACAACAACAGGGACCACCACGGUCCUUGCCCAAACGUCAACGUCUGGUCCUGGGACAAGCCCAACUUCUGUGACCACUUCUGCUGCUCCACUGAGCUCUACCCCCGAGAUCACUUCCCAAGCUUUCUCCACAAGUACACCCACCAGCAGUAGUGUUCUUGAGAAAACCUCCACAGCUGCUGGUCUGGCCACAUCAAUCAUUGAGUCCACAACUGUGUCCAGCACCAGAAGUCCAGAAGCCACCACCUUCGUUGUGCAGUCCACAUCUGAGUCCACAUCUUCAGUCUCUUCAGCUCAGACCGAGACCUCUCCACAUGUGCCAACCUCCACAAUCAUGUCCACCAUAGUAGAAAGCUCCAGCCUCAAGACUUCAGCCACCACUCCAAUCCCAUCCAGCGCUGCUGGAACGUCACCUGCUGGCCAUGUAGUCAUGCCAGUGACAAAGAUAGGAGGUGCUACCACCACUGGCUUGGCACAAACGAUGUCCUCUGCUCCUGGGACAAGACCAACUUCUGCCACCACUUCUGCUCUUCCUCUGAGCUCUACUCUGGAAAUCACAUCUCCAGCUUUCACCACAACUUCACCCAGAAGCAGUAGUGCUCUUGAGACAACCUCCACAGCUGCUGGCCUGGCCACAUCACGUGUUCAGCCCACCACAGCAUCCACCACCACAAGGCUGGUAGGCACCACUUCCGCUGUGCAGUCCUCAUCUGAGUCUACGGCUUCAGUCUCUUCAUCUCGGCUGGAAACGUCUCCACUUGUGACAACCUCCACAAUCCUGUCAACGACAGCAGAAAUCUCCAGCCUGAAGACUACUGCCUCCUCUCCAGUCCAAUCGAGCCCUACUGUGACAUCCACUCCUGAGCAGGUCACCUCUGAAGGGGCAGAAACAACAACGACCCCUGUGGCGCGUACACAAAUGUCCUCUGGUGCCCCUGGCACAAGCCCAACUUCUGCCACUGCUUCUUCUCUUCCAACGAGCUCUGCUCCAGAGACCACUUCACCAGCUCUCACCACCACUACAAGUACCACCACGCCGUUGGAGACAACCUCAUCUGCUGCUGCUACAUCAACUUUAACCACUGCGUCCAGCACUGUGCCCAUCUCCUUGACAACAGAGAUCUCCACCUCGAGUGCACAGGCCACAUCGCCUCCCGAGUCCACGGCUGCAGCUUCUUCCACUAGAGCUGAAACAUCUACAUUGGAGACAACCUCCACAGUCCUGUCAACCGUGGAACAAACCUCCAAAGCAAAGACUUCUGCCACCACAACCAUGCAAUCCAGCCUGUCUGAGAGUUCCCCGAGUCAGCAGGUCACCACUGCAGCACCAGAGACAACAACAGGGACCACCACGGUCCUUGCCCAAACGUCAACGUCUGGUCCUGGGUCAAGCCCAACUUCUGUGACCACUUCUGCUGCUCCACUGAGCUCUACCCCCGAGAUCACUUCCCAAGCUUUCUCCACAAGUACACCCACCAGCAGUAGUGUUCUUGAGAAAACCUCCACAGCUGCUGGUCUGGCCACAUCAAUCAUUGAGUCCACAACUGUGUCCAGCACCAGAAGUCCAGAAGCCACCACCUUCGUUGUGCAGUCCACAUCUGAGUCCACAUCUUCAGUCUCUUCAGCUCAGACCGAGACCUCUCCACAUGUGCCAACCUCCACAAUCAUGUCCACCAUAGUAGAAAGCUCCAGCCUCAAGACUUCAGCCACCACUCCAAUCCCAUCCAGCGCUGCUGGAACGUCACCUGCUGGCCAUGUAGUCAUGCCAGUGACAAAGAUAGGAGGUGCUACCACCACUGGCUUGGCACAAACGAUGUCCUCUGCUCCUGGGACAAGACCAACUUCUGCCACCACUUCUGCUCUUCCUCUGAGCUCUACUCUGGAAAUCACAUCUCCAGCUUUCACCACAACUUCACCCAGAAGCAGUAGUGCUCUUGAGACAACCUCCACAGCUGCUGGUCUGGCCACAUCACGUGUUCAGCCCACCACAGCAUCCACCACCACAAGGCUGGUAGGCACCACUUCCGCUGUGCAGUCCUCAUCUGAGUCUACGGCUUCAGUCUCUUCAUCUCGGCUGGAAACGUCUCCACUUGUGACAACCUCCACAAUCCUGUCAACGACAGCAGAAAUCUCCAGCCUGAAGACUACUGCCUCCUCUCCAGUCCAAUCGAGCCCUACUGUGACAUCCACUCCUGAGCAGGUCACCUCUGAAGGGGCAGAAACAACGACGACCCCUGUGGCGCGUACACAAAUGUCCUCUGGUGCCCCUGGCACAAGCCCAACUUCUGCCACUGCUUCUUCUCUUCCAACGAGCUCUGCUCCAGAGACCACUUCACCAGCUCUCACCACCACUACAAGUACCACCACGCCGUUGGAGACAACUUCAACUGCUGCUUCUACGUCAACUUUAACCACUGAGUCCAGCACUGUGCCCACCGCCUUGACAACAGAGAUCUCCACCUCGAGUGCACAGGCCACAUCGCCUCCCGAGUCCACGGCUGCAGCUUCUUCCACUAGAGCUGAAACAUCUACAUUGGAGACAACCUCCACAGUCCUGUCAACCGUGGAACAAACCUCCAAAGCAAAGACUUCUGCCACCACAACCAUGCAAUCCAGCCUGUCUGAGAGUUCCCCGAGUCAGCAGGUCACCACUGCAGCACCAGAGACAACAACAGGGACCACCACGGUCCUUGCCCAAACGUCAACGUCUGGUCCUGGGACAAGCCCAACUUCUGUGACCACUUCUGCUGCUCCACUGAGCUCUACCCCCGAGAUCACUUCCCAAGCUUUCUCCACAAGUACACCCACCAGCAGUAGUGUUCUUGAGAAAACCUCCACAGCUGCUGGUCUGGCCACAUCAAUCAUUGAGUCCACAACUGUGUCCAGCACCAGAAGUCCAGAAGCCACCACCUUCGUUGUGCAGUCCACAUCUGAGUCCACAUCUUCAGUCUCUUCAGCUCAGACCGAGACCUCUCCACAUGUGCCAACCUCCACAAUCAUGUCCACCAUAGUAGAAAGCUCCAGCCUCAAGACUUCAGCCACCACUCCAAUCCCAUCCAGCGCUGCUGGAACGUCACCUGCUGGCCAUGUAGUCAUGCCAGUGACAAAGAUAGGAGGUGCUACCACCACUGGCUUGGCACAAACGAUGUCCUCUGCUCCUGGGACAAGACCAACUUCUGCCACCACUUCUGCUCUUCCUCUGAGCUCUACUCUGGAAAUCACAUCUCCAGCUUUCACCACAACUUCACCCAGAAGCAGUAGUGCUCUUGAGACAACCUCCACAGCUGCUGGUCUGGCCACAUCACGUGUUCAGCCCACCACAGCAUCCACCACCACAAGGCUGGUAGGCACCACUUCCGCUGUGCAGUCCUCAUCUGAGUCUACGGCUUCAGUCUCUUCAUCUCGGCUGGAAACGUCUCCACUUGUGACAACCUCCACAAUCCUGUCAACGACAGCAGAAAUCUCCAGCCUGAAGACUACUGCCUCCUCUCCAGUCCAAUCGAGCCCUACUGUGACAUCCACUCCUGAGCAGGUCACCUCUGAAGGGGCAGAAACAACGACGACCCCUGUGGCGCGUACACAAAUGUCCUCUGGUGCCCCUGGCACAAGCCCAACUUCUGCCACUGCUUCUUCUCUUCCAACGAGCUCUGCUCCAGAGACCACUUCACCAGCUCUCACCACCACUACAAGUACCACCAUGCCGUUGGAGACAACCUCAACUGCUGCUUCUACGUCAACUUUAACCACUGAGUCCAGCACUGCGCCCACCUCCUUGACAACAGAGAUCUCCACCUCGAGUGCACAGGCCACAUCGCCUCCCGAGUCCACGGCUGCAGCCUCUUCCACUAGAGCUGAAACAUCUACAUUGGAGACAACCUCCACAGUCCUGUCAACUGUGGAACAAACCUCCAAAGCAAAGACUUCUGCCACCACAACCAUGCAAUCCAGCCUGUCUGAGAGUUCCCCGAGUCAGCAGGUCACCACUGCAGCACCAGAGACAACAACGGCGACCACCACGGUCCUUGCCCAAACGUCGACGUCUGCUCCUGGGACAAGCCCAACUUCUGUGACCACUUCUGCUGCUCCACUGAGCUCUACCCCCGAGAUCACUUCCCAAGCUUUCUCCACAAGUACACCCACCAGCAGUAGUGUUCUUGAGAAAACCUCCACAGCUGCUGGUCUGGCCACAUCAAUCAUUGAGUCCACAACUGUGUCCAGCACCAGAAGUCCAGAAGCCACCACCUUCGUUGUGCAGUCCACAUCUGAGUCCACAUCUUCAGUCUCUUCAGCUCAGACCGAGACCUCUCCACAUGUGCCAACCUCCACAAUCAUGUCCACCAUAGCAGAAAGCUCCAGCCUCAAGACUUCAGCCACCACUCCAAUCCCAUCCAGCGCUGCUGGAACGUCACCUGCUGGCCAUGUAGUUAUGCCAGUGACAAAGAUAGGAGGUGCUACCACCACUGGCUUGGCACAAACGAUGUCCUCUGCUCCUGGGACAAGACCAACUUCUGCCACCACUUCUGCUCUUCCUCUGAGCUCUACUCUGGAAAUCACAUCUCCAGCUUUCACCACAACUUCACCCAGAAGCAGUAGUGCUCUUGAGACAACCUCCACAGCUGCUGGCCUGGCUACAUCACGUGUUCAGCCCACCACUGCGUCCACCACCACAAGUCCUGUAGGCACCACCUCUGCUAUGCACCCCACAUCUGAGGCUCCCACCCAUCCACCAACAGUUGCCACGCUUGAGCAUUUCACCGUCAACUUCACCAUCACCAACCUGCACUACACUUCUGACCUUGAGAAUCCUCACUCGGCCAAGUUCAAUGCCACACGAAGGGUUAUGAACACCCUGCUUGACCGCCUGCUGAAGGAAAGCAGCAUUGGCCCCGUGUUCCAAGGAUGUGAAACAACAGACUUCAGGCCGGGCAGCGACAGGGACCAGACCCGGGUGGACGCCGUGUGCACCUACAGCAAGGAGCCCUGGGCUGCGCCUUUGGACAGGGUGGGGCUGUACCACCAAGUGAGCAACAAGACCAGAGGCAUCACCCAGCUGGGCCCCUACAGCCUGGACAAGGACAGCCUCUACGUCAACGGCUACAACGAGCAGCCAGUGCUGACCACUCCCACCCACCCACCAACAACAACAGCGGCCACCCUUGAGCAUUUCACCGUCAACUUCACCAUCACCAACCUGCCCUACUCUUCUGACCUGGAGAAUCCUGACUCAGCUAAAUUCAAAGCUACACGAAGGGUGAUGAACAUGAUGCUUGACCGCCUGCUGAAGGACAGCAGCAUUGGCCCUGUUUUCCAAGGAUGUGAAACAACAGAUUUCAGGCUGGGCAGCGACAGGGACCAGACGCGGGUGGACGCCGUGUGCACCUACAGCAAGGAGCCCUGGGCUGCGCCUUUGGACAGGGUGGGGCUGUACCACCAAGUGAGCAACAAGACCAGAGGCAUCACCCAGCUGGGCCCCUACAGCCUGGACAAGGACAGCCUCUACGUCAACGGCUACAACGAGCAGCCAGUGCUGACCACUCCCACCCACCCACCAACAACCACAGCGGCCACCCUUGAGCGUUUCACCGUCAACUUCACCAUCACCAACCUGCCCUACUCUUCUGACCUGGAGAAUCCUGACUCAGCCAAGUUCAGAGAUACUCGCAGAGAUAUGAACACUCUGCUCGACGGCCUGCUGAAGGAAAGCAGCAUUGGCCCUGAUUUCCAGGGAUGUGAGACAACAGGCUUCAGGCCGGGCAGCGACAGGGACCAGACCCGGGUGGACGCCGUGUGCACCUACAGCAAGGAGCCCUGGGCUGCGCCUCUGGACAGGGUGGGGCUGUACCACCAAGUGAGCAACAAGACCAGAGGCAUCACCCAGCUGGGCCCCUACAGCCUGGACAAGGACAGCCUCUACGUCAACGGUGAGCGGCGCUCCUCCCUGGGCUACAACGAGCAGCCAGUGCUGACCACUCCCACCCACCCACCAACAACAACAGCGGCCACCCUUGAGCAUUUCACCGUCAACUUCACCAUCACCAACCUGCCCUACUCUUCUGACCUGGAGAAUCCUGACUCAGCUAAAUUCAAAGCUACACGAAGGGUGAUGAACAUGAUGCUGGACCGCCUGCUGAAGGACAGCAGCAUUGGCCCUGUUUUUCAAGGAUGUGAAACAACAGAUUUCAGGCCAGGCAGCAACAGGGACCAGACCCGGGUGGACGCCGUGUGCACCUACAGCAAGGAGCCCUGGGCUGCGCCUUUGGACAGGGUGGGGCUGUACCACCAAGUGAGCAACAAGACCAGAGGCAUCACCCAGCUGGGCCCCUACAGCCUGGACAAGGACAGCCUCUACGUCAACGGCUACAACGAGCAGCCAGUGCUGACCACUCCCACCCACCCACCAACAACAACAGCGGCCACCCUUGAGCUUUUCACCGUCAACUUCACCAUCACCAACCUGCCCUACUCUUCUGACCUGGAGAAUCCUGACUCAGCUAAAUUCAAAGCUACACGAAGGGUGAUGAACAUGAUGCUGGACCGCCUGCUGAAGGACAGCAGCAUUGGCCCUGUUUUUCAAGGAUGUGAAACAACAGAUUUCAGGCCGGGCAGCGACAGGGACCAGACGCGGGUGGACGCCGUGUGCACCUACAGCAAGGAGCCCUGGGCUGCGCCUUUGGACAGGGUGGGGCUGUACCACCAAGUGAGCAACAAGACCAGAGGCAUCACCCAGCUGGGCCCCUACAGCCUGGACAAGGACAGCCUCUACGUCAACGGUGAGCGGCGCUCCUCCCUGGGCUACAACGAGCAGCCAGUGCUGACCACUCCCACCCACCCACCAACAACCACAGCGGCCACCCUUGAGCGUUUCACCGUCAACUUCACCAUCACCAACCUGCCCUACUCUUCUGACCUGGAGAAUCCUGACUCAGCCAAGUUCAGAGAUACUCGCAGAGAUAUGAACACUCUGCUCGACGGCCUGCUGAAGGAAAGCAGCAUUGGCCCUGAUUUCCAGGGAUGUGAGACAACAGGCUUCAGGCCGGGCAGCGACAGGGACCAGACCCGGGUGGACGCCGUGUGCACCUACAGCAAGGAGCCCUGGGCUGCGCCUCUGGACAGGGUGGGGCUGUACCACCAAGUGAGCAACAAGACCAGAGGCAUCACCCAGCUGGGCCCCUACAGCCUGGACAAGGACAGCCUCUACGUCAACGGCUACAACGAGCAGCCAGUGCUGACCACUCCCACCCACCCACCAACAACAACAGCGGCCACCCUUGAGCAUUUCACCGUCAACUUCACCAUCACCAACCUGCCCUACUCUUCUGACCUGGAGAAUCCUGACUCAGCUAAAUUCAAAGCUACACGAAGGGUGAUGAACAUGAUGCUGGACCGCCUGCUGAAGGACAGCAGCAUUGGCCCUGUUUUUCAAGGAUGUGAAACAACAGAUUUCAGGCCAGGCAGCAACAGGGACCAGACCCGGGUGGACGCCGUGUGCACCUACAGCAAGGAGCCCUGGGCUGCGCCUUUGGACAGGGUGGGGCUGUACCACCAAGUGAGCAACAAGACCAGAGGCAUCACCCAGCUGGGCCCCUACAGCCUGGACAAGGACAGCCUCUACGUCAACGGCUACAACGAGCAGCCAGUGCUGACCACUCCCACCCACCCACCAACAACAACAGCGGCCACCCUUGAGCUUUUCACCGUCAACUUCACCAUCACCAACCUGCCCUACUCUUCUGACCUGGAGAAUCCUGACUCAGCUAAAUUCAAAGCUACACGAAGGGUGAUGAACAUGAUGCUGGACCGCCUGCUGAAGGACAGCAGCAUUGGCCCUGUUUUUCAAGGAUGUGAAACAACAGAUUUCAGGCCAGGCAGCGACAGGGACCAGACCCGGGUGGACGCCGUGUGCACCUACAGCAAGGAGCCCUGGGCUGCGCCUUUGGACAGGGUGGGGCUGUACCACCAAGUGAGCAACAAGACCAGAGGCAUCACCCAGCUUGGCCCCUACAGCCUGGACAAGGACAGCCUCUACGUCAACGGUGAGCGGCGCUCCUCCCUGGGCUACAACGAGCAGCCAGUGCUGACCACUCCCACCCACCCACCAACAACAACAGCGGCCACCCUUGAGCAUUUCACCGUCAACUUCACCAUCACCAACCUGCCCUACUCUUCUGACCUGGAGAAUCCUGACUCAGCUAAAUUCAAAGCUACACGAAGGGUGAUGAACAUGAUGCUGGACCGCCUGCUGAAGGACAGCAGCAUUGGCCCUGUUUUUCAAGGAUGUGAAACAACAGAUUUCAGGCCAGGCAGCGACAGGGACCAGACCCGGGUGGACGCCGUGUGCACCUACAGCAAGGAGCCCUGGGCUGCGCCUUUGGACAGGGUGGGGCUGUACCACCAAGUGAGCAACAAGACCAGAGGCAUCACCCAGCUUGGCCCCUACAGCCUGGACAAGGACAGCCUCUACGUCAACGGCUACAACGAGCAGCCAGUGCUGACCACUCCCACCCACCCACCAACUACAACAGCGGCCACCCUCGAGCGUUUCACCGUCAACUUCACCAUCACCAACCUGCCCUACUCUUCUGACCUGGAGAAUCCUGACUCAGCCAAGUUCAGAGAUACUCGCAGAGAUAUGAACACUCUGCUCGACGGCCUGCUGAAGGAAAGCAGCAUUGGCCCUGAUUUCCAGGGAUGUGAGACAACAGGCUUCAGGCCGGGCAGCGACAGGGACCAGACCCGGGUGGACGCCGUGUGCACCUACAGCAAGGAGCCCUGGGCUGCGCCUUUGGACAGGGUGGGGCUGUACCACCAAGUGAGCAACAAGACCAGAGGCAUCACCCAGCUGGGCCCCUACAGCCUGGACAAGGACAGCCUCUACGUCAACGGCUACAACGAGCAGCCAGUGCUGACCACUCCCACCCACCCACCAACAACAACAGCGGCCACCCUUGAGCAUUUCACCGUCAACUUCACCAUCACCAACCUGCCCUACUCUUCUGACCUGGAGAAUCCUGACUCAGCUAAAUUCAAAGCUACACGAAGGGUGAUGAACAUGAUGCUGGACCGCCUGCUGAAGGACAGCAGCAUUGGCCCUGUUUUCCAAGGAUGUGAAACAACAGAUUUCAGGCCGGGCAGCGACAGGGACCAGACCCGGGUGGACGCCGUGUGCACCUACAGCAAGGAGCCCUGGGCUGCGCCUUUGGACAGGGUGGGGCUGUACCACCAAGUGAGCAACAAGACCAGAGGCAUCACCCAGCUGGGCCCCUACAGCCUGGACAAGGACAGCCUCUACGUCAACGGUGAGCGGCGCUCCUCCCUGGGCUACAACGAGCAGCCAGUGCUGACCACUCCCACCCACCCACCAACUACAACAGCGGCCACCCUUGAGCGUUUCACCAUCAACUUCACCAUCACCAACCUGCCCUACUCUUCUGACCUGGAGAAUCCUGACUCAGCCAAGUUCAGAGAUACUCGGAGAGAUAUGAACACUCUGCUCGACCGCCUGCUGAAGGAAAGCAGCAUUGGCCCUGAUUUCCAGGGAUGUGAGACAACAGGCUUCAGGCCGGGCAGCGACAGGGACCAGACCCGGGUGGACGCCGUGUGCACCUACAGCAAGGAGCCCUGGGCUGCGCCUUUGGACAGGGUGGGGCUGUACCACCAAGUGAGCAACAAGACCAGAGGCAUCACCCAGCUGGGCCCCUACAGCCUGGACAAGGACAGCCUCUACGUCAACGGCUACAACGAGCAGCCAGUGCUGACCACUCCCACCCACCCACCAACAACAACAGCGGCCACCCUUGAGCAUUUCACCGUCAACUUCACCAUCACCAACCUGCCCUACUCUUCUGACCUGGAGAAUCCUGACUCAGCUAAAUUCAAAGCUACACGAAGGGUGAUGAACAUGAUGCUUGACCGCCUGCUGAAGGACAGCAGCAUUGGCCCUGUUUUCCAAGGAUGUGAAACAACAGAUUUCAGGCCAGGCAGCGACAGGGACCAGACCCGGGUGGACGCCGUGUGCACCUACAGCAAGGAGCCCUGGGCUGCGCCUUUGGACAGGGUGGGGCUGUACCACCAAGUGAGCAACAAGACCAGAGGCAUCACCCAGCUGGGCCCCUACAGCCUGGACAAGGACAGCCUCUACGUCAACGGUGAGCGGCGCUCCUCCCUGGGCUACAACGAGCAGCCAGUGCUGACCACUCCCACCCACCCACCAACAACAACAGCGGCCACCCUUGAGCAUUUCACCGUCAACUUCACCAUCACCAACCUGCCCUACUCUUCUGACCUGGAGAAUCCUGACUCAGCCAGGUUCAGAGAUACUCGGAGAGAUAUGAACACUCUGCUCGACCGCCUGCUGAAGGAAAGCAGCAUUGGCCCUGAUUUCCAGGGAUGUGAGACAACAGGCUUCAGGCCGGGCAGCGACAGGGACCAGACCCGGGUGGACGCCGUGUGCACCUACAGCAAGGAGCCCUGGGCUGCGCCUUUGGACAGGGUGGGGCUGUACCACCAAGUGAGCAACAAGACCAGAGGCAUCACCCAGCUGGGCCCCUACAGCCUGGACAAGGACAGCCUCUACGUCAACGGCUACAACGAGCAGCCAGUGCUGACCACUCCCACCCACCCACCAACAACAACAGCGGCCACCCUUGAGCAUUUCACCGUCAACUUCACCAUCACCAACCUGCCCUACUCUUCUGACCUGGAGAAUCCUGACUCAGCCAGGUUCAGAGAUACUCGGAGAGAUAUGAACACUCUGCUCGACCGCCUGCUGAAGGAAAGCAGCAUUGGCCCUGAUUUCCAGGGAUGUGAGACAACAGGCUUCAGGCCGGGCAGCGACAGGGACCAGACCCGGGUGGACGCCGUGUGCACCUACAGCAAGGAGCCCUGGGCUGCGCCUUUGGACAGGGUGGGGCUGUACCACCAAGUGAGCAACAAGACCAGAGGCAUCACCCAGCUGGGCCCCUACAGCCUGGACAAGGACAGCCUCUACGUCAACGGCUACAACGAGCAGCCAGUGCUGACCACUCCCACCCACCCACCAACAACAACAGCGGCCACCCUUGAGCAUUUCACCGUCAACUUCACCAUCACCAACCUGCCCUACUCUUCUGACCUGGAGAAUCCUGACUCAGCCAGGUUCAGAGAUACUCGGAGAGAUAUGAACACUCUGCUCGACGGCCUGCUGAAGGAAAGCAGCAUUGGCCCUGAUUUCCAGGGAUGUGAGACAACAGGCUUCAGGCCGGGCAGCGACAGGGACCAGACCCGGGUGGACGCCGUGUGCACCUACAGCAAGGAGCCCUGGGCUGCGCCUUUGGACAGGGUGGGGCUGUACCACCAAGUGAGCAACAAGACCAGAGGCAUCACCCAGCUGGGCCCCUACAGCCUGGACAAGGACAGCCUCUACGUCAACGGCUACAACGAGCAGCCAGUGCUGACCACUCCCACCCACCCACCAACAACAACAGCGGCCACCCUUGAGCAUUUCACCGUCAACUUCACCAUCACCAACCUGCCCUACUCUUCUGACCUGGAGAAUCCUGACUCAGCUAAAUUCAAAGCUACACGAAGGGUGAUGAACAUGAUGCUUGACCGCCUGCUGAAGGACAGCAGCAUUGGCCCUGUUUUCCAAGGAUGUGAAACAACAGAUUUCAGGCCAGGCAGCGACAGGGACCAGACCCGGGUGGACGCCGUGUGCACCUACAGCAAGGAGCCCUGGGCUGCGCCUUUGGACAGGGUGGGGCUGUACCACCAAGUGAGCAACAAGACCAGAGGCAUCACCCAGCUGGGCCCCUACAGCCUGGACAAGGACAGCCUCUACGUCAACGGCUACAACGAGCAGCCAGUGCUGACCACUCCCACCCACCCACCAACAACAACAGCGGCCACCCUUGAGCAUUUCACCGUCAACUUCACCAUCACCAACCUGCCCUACUCUUCUGACCUGGAGAAUCCUGACUCAGCCAGGUUCAGAGAUACUCGGAGAGAUAUGAACACUCUGCUCGACCGCCUGCUGAAGGAAAGCAGCAUUGGCCCUGAUUUCCAGGGAUGUGAGACAACAGGCUUCAGGCCGGGCAGCGACAGGGACCAGACCCGGGUGGACGCCGUGUGCACCUACAGCAAGGAGCCCUGGGCUGCGCCUUUGGACAGGGUGGGGCUGUACCACCAAGUGAGCAACAAGACCAGAGGCAUCACCCAGCUGGGCCCCUACAGCCUGGACAAGGACAGCCUCUACGUCAACGGCUACAACGAGCAGCCAGUGCUGACCACUCCCACCCACCCACCAACAACAACAGCGGCCACCCUUGAGCAUUUCACCGUCAACUUCACCAUCACCAACCUGCCCUACUCUUCUGACCUGGAGAAUCCUGACUCAGCCAGGUUCAGAGAUACUCGGAGAGAUAUGAACACUCUGCUCGACCGCCUGCUGAAGGAAAGCAGCAUUGGCCCUGAUUUCCAGGGAUGUGAGACAACAGGCUUCAGGCCGGGCAGCGACAGGGACCAGACCCGGGUGGACGCCGUGUGCACCUACAGCAAGGAGCCCUGGGCUGCGCCUUUGGACAGGGUGGGGCUGUACCACCAAGUGAGCAACAAGACCAGAGGCAUCACCCAGCUGGGCCCCUACAGCCUGGACAAGGACAGCCUCUACGUCAACGGCUACAACGAGCAGCCAGUGCUGACCACUCCCACCCACCCACCAACAACAACAGCGGCCACCCUUGAGCAUUUCACCGUCAACUUCACCAUCACCAACCUGCCCUACUCUUCUGACCUGGAGAAUCCUGACUCAGCCAGGUUCAGAGAUACUCGGAGAGAUAUGAACACUCUGCUCGACCGCCUGCUGAAGGAAAGCAGCAUUGGCCCUGAUUUCCAGGGAUGUGAGACAACAGGCUUCAGGCCGGGCAGCGACAGGGACCAGACCCGGGUGGACGCCGUGUGCACCUACAGCAAGGAGCCCUGGGCUGCGCCUUUGGACAGGGUGGGGCUGUACCACCAAGUGAGCAACAAGACCAGAGGCAUCACCCAGCUGGGCCCCUACAGCCUGGACAAGGACAGCCUCUACGUCAACGGCUACAACGAGCAGCCAGUGCUGACCACUCCCACCCACCCACCAACAACAACAGCGGCCACCCUUGAGCAUUUCACCGUCAACUUCACCAUCACCAACCUGCCCUACUCUUCUGACCUGGAGAAUCCUGACUCAGCUAAAUUCAAAGCUACACGAAGGGUGAUGAACAUGAUGCUUGACCGCCUGCUGAUGGACAGCAGCAUUGGCCCUGUUUUCCAAGGAUGUGAAACAACAGAUUUCAGGCCAGGCAGCGACAGGGACCAGACCCGGGUGGACGCCGUGUGCACCUACAGCAAGGAGCCCUGGGCUGCGCCUUUGGACAGGGUGGGGCUGUACCACCAAGUGAGCAACAAGACCAGAGGCAUCACCCAGCUGGGCCCCUACAGCCUGGACAAGGACAGCCUCUACGUCAACGGUGAGCGGCGCUCCUCCCUGGGCUACAACGAGCAGCCAGUGCUGACCACUCCCACCCACCCACCAACAACAACAGCGGCCACCCUUGAGCAUUUCACCGUCAACUUCACCAUCACCAACCUGCCCUACUCUUCUGACCUGGAGAAUCCUGACUCAGCCAGGUUCAGAGAUACUCGGAGAGAUAUGAACACUCUGCUCGACCGCCUGCUGAAGGAAAGCAGCAUUGGCCCUGAUUUCCAGGGAUGUGAGACAACAGGCUUCAGGCCGGGCAGCGACAGGGACCAGACCCGGGUGGACGCCGUGUGCACCUACAGCAAGGAGCCCUGGGCUGCGCCUUUGGACAGGGUGGGGCUGUACCACCAAGUGAGCAACAAGACCAGAGGCAUCACCCAGCUGGGCCCCUACAGCCUGGACAAGGACAGCCUCUACGUCAACGGCUACAACGAGCAGCCAGUGCUGACCACUCCCACCCACCCACCAACAACAACAGCGGCCACCCUUGAGCAUUUCACCGUCAACUUCACCAUCACCAACCUGCCCUACUCUUCUGACCUGGAGAAUCCUGACUCAGCCAGGUUCAGAGAUACUCGGAGAGAUAUGAACACUCUGCUCGACCGCCUGCUGAAGGAAAGCAGCAUUGGCCCUGAUUUCCAGGGAUGUGAGACAACAGGCUUCAGGCCGGGCAGCGACAGGGACCAGACCCGGGUGGACGCCGUGUGCACCUACAGCAAGGAGCCCUGGGCUGCGCCUUUGGACAGGGUGGGGCUGUACCACCAAGUGAGCAACAAGACCAGAGGCAUCACCCAGCUGGGCCCCUACAGCCUGGACAAGGACAGCCUCUACGUCAACGGCUACAACGAGCAGCCAGUGCUGACCACUCCCACCCACCCACCAACAACAACAGCGGCCACCCUUGAGCAUUUCACCGUCAACUUCACCAUCACCAACCUGCCCUACUCUUCUGACCUGGAGAAUCCUGACUCAGCCAGGUUCAGAGAUACUCGGAGAGAUAUGAACACUCUGCUCGACCGCCUGCUGAAGGAAAGCAGCAUUGGCCCUGAUUUCCAGGGAUGUGAGACAACAGGCUUCAGGCCGGGCAGCGACAGGGACCAGACCCGGGUGGACGCCGUGUGCACCUACAGCAAGGAGCCCUGGGCUGCGCCUUUGGACAGGGUGGGGCUGUACCACCAAGUGAGCAACAAGACCAGAGGCAUCACCCAGCUGGGCCCCUACAGCCUGGACAAGGACAGCCUCUACGUCAACGGCUACAACGAGCAGCCAGUGCUGACCACUCCCACCCACCCACCAACUACAACAGCUGCCACCCUUGAGCAUUUCACCGUCAACUUCACCAUCACCAACCUGCCCUACUCUUCUGACCUGGAGAAUCCUGACUCGGCCAAGUUCAGAGCUACACGAAGGGUUAUGAACACCCUGCUUGACCGCCUGCUGAAGGACAGCAGCAUUGGCCCUGCUUUCCAUGGAUGUGAAACAACAGAUUUCAGGCCGGGCAGCGACAGGGACCAGACCCGGGUGGACGCCGUGUGCACCUACAGCAAGGAGCCCUGGGCUGCGCCUUUGGACAGGGUGGGGCUGUACCACCAAGUGAGCAACAAGACCAGAGGCAUCACCCAGCUGGGCCCCUACAGCCUGGACAAGGACAGCCUCUACGUCAACGGCUACAACGAGCAGCCAGUGCUGACCACUCCCACCCACCCACCAACAACAACAGCGGCCACCCUUGAGCAUUUCACCGUCAACUUCACCAUCACCAACCUGCCCUACUCUUCUGACCUGGAGAAUCCUGACUCAGCUAAAUUCAAAGCUACACGAAGGGUGAUGAACAUGAUGCUUGACCGCCUGCUGAAGGACAGCAGCAUUGGCCCUGUUUUCCAAGGAUGUGAAACAACAGAUUUCAGGCCGGGCAGCGACAGGGACCAGACCCGGGUGGACGCCGUGUGCACCUACAGCAAGGAGCCCUGGGCUGCGCCUUUGGACAGGGUGGGGCUGUACCACCAAGUGAGCAACAAGACCAGAGGCAUCACCCAGCUGGGCCCCUACAGCCUGGACAAGGACAGCCUCUACAUCAACGGCUACAACGAGCAGCCAGUGCUGACCACUCCCACCCACCCACCAACUACAACAGCUGCCACCCUUGAGCAUUUCACCGUCAACUUCACCAUCACCAACCUGCCCUACUCUUCUGACCUGGAGAAUCCUGACUCGGCCAAGUUCAGAGCUACACGAAGGGUUAUGAACACCCUGCUUGACCGCCUGCUGAAGGACAGCAGCAUUGGCCCUGCUUUCCAUGGAUGUGAAACAACAGAUUUCAGGCCGGGCAGCGACAGGGACCAGACCCGGGUGGACGCCGUGUGCACCUACAGCAAAGAGCCCUGGGCUGCGCCUUUGGACAGGGUGGGGCUGUACCACCAAGUGAGCAACAAGACCAGAGGCAUCACCCAGCUGGGCCCCUACAGCCUGGACAAGGACAGCCUCUACGUCAACGGUGAGCGGCGCUCCUCCCUGGACUACAACGAGCAGCCAGUGCUGACCACUCCCACCCACCCACCAACAACAACAGCUGCCACCCUUGAGCAUUUCACCGUCAACUUCACCAUCACCAACCUGCCCUACACUUCUGACCUGGAGAAUCCUGACUCGGCCAGGUUCAGAGCUACUCGGAGAGUUAUGAACACCCUGCUGGACCGCCUGCUGAAGGACAGCAGCAUUGGCCCUGUGUUCCAAGGAUGUGAAGCAACAGACUUCAGGCCGGGCAGCGACAGGGACCAGACCCGGGUGGACGCCGUGUGCACCUACAGCAAGGAGCCCUGGGCUGCGCCUUUGGACAGGGUGGGGCUGUACCACCAAGUGAGCAACAAGACCAGAGGCAUCACCCAGCUGGGCCCCUACAGCCUGGACAAGGACAGCCUCUACGUCAACGGCUACAACGAGCAGCCAGUGCUGACCACUCCCACCCACCCACCAACAACCACAGCUGCCACCCUUGAGCGUUUCACCGUCAACUUCACCAUCACCAACCUGCCCUACACUUCUGACCUGGAGAAUCCUGACUCAGCCAGGAUCAGAGCUACACGAAGGGUUAUGAACAUGCUGCUGGACCGCCUACUGAAGGAAAGCAGCAUUGGCCCUGCUUUCCAGGGAUGUGAAACAACAGACUUCAGGCCAGGCAGUGACAGGGACCAGACCCGGGUGGACGCCGUGUGCACCUACAGCAAGGAGCCCUGGGCUGCGCCUUUGGACAGGGUGGGGCUGUACCACCAAGUGAGCAACAAGACCAGAGGCAUCACCCAGCUGGGCCCCUACAGCCUGGACAAGGACAGCCUCUACGUCAACGACUACAACGAGCAGCCAGUGCUGACCACUCCCACCCACCCACCAACAACCACCGCUGCCACCCUUGAGCAUUUCACUGUCAACUUCACCAUCACCAACCUGCCCUACACUUCUGACCUGGAGAAUCCUGACUUGGCCAGGUUCAGAGCUACUCGGAGAGUUAUAAACACCCUGCUGGACCGCCUGCUGAAGGACAGCAGCAUUGGCCCUGUGUUCCAAGGAUGUGAAGCAACAGACUUCAGGCCGGGCAGCGACAGGGACCAGACGCGGGUGGACGCCGUGUGCACCUACAGCAAGGAGCCCUGGGCUGCGCCUUUGGACAGGGUGGGGCUGUACCACCAAGUGAGCAACAAGACCAGAGGCAUCACCCAGCUGGGCCCCUACAGCCUGGACAAGGACAGCCUCUACGUCAACGACUACAACGAGCAGCCAGUGCUGACCACUCCCACCCACCCACCAACAACAACAGCGGCCACCCUUGAGCAUUUCACCGUCAACUUCACCAUCACCAACCUGUUCUACUCUUCUGACCUGGAGAAUCCUGACUCAGCCAAGUUCAAAGCUACACAAAGGGUGAUGAACAUGAUGCUUGACCGCCUGCUGAAGGACAGCAGCAUUGGCCCUGUUUUCCAAGGAUGUGAAACAACAGAUUUCAGGCCAGGCAGCGACAGGGACCAGACCCGGGUGGACGCCGUGUGCACCUACAGCAAGGAGCCCUGGGCUGCGCCUUUGGACAGGGUGGGGCUGUACCACCAAGUGAGCAACAAGACCAGAGGCAUCACCCAGCUGGGCCCCUACAGCCUGGACAAGGACAGCCUCUACGUCAACGGCUACAACGAGCAGCCAGUGCUGACCACUCCCACCCACCCACCAACAACCACAGCUGCCGCCCUUGAGCGUUUCACGGUCAACUUCACCAUCACCAACCUGCCCUACUCUUCUGACCUCGAGAAGCCUGACUCAGCCAAGUUCAGAGCUACACAAAAAGUUAUGAACAUGCUGCUGGACCGCUUGCUGAAGGACAGCAGCAUUGGCCCUGUGUUCCAAGGAUGUGAAACAACAGAUUUCAGGCCGGGCAGCGACAGGGACCAGACCCGGGUGGACGCCGUGUGCACCUACAGCAAGGAGCCCUGGGCUGCGCCUUUGGACAGGGUGGGGCUGUACCACCAAGUGAGCAACAAGACCAGAGGCAUCACCCAGCUGGGCCCCUACAGCCUGGACAAGGACAGCCUCUACGUCAACGGUGAGCGGCGCUCCUCCCUGGACUACAACGAGCAGCCAGUGCUGACCACUCCCACCCACCCACCAACAACCACAGCUACCUCCCUUGAGCAUUUCACGGUCAACUUCACCAUCACCAACCUGCCCUACACUUCUGACCUGGAGAAUCCUGACUCAGCUAGGUUCAGAGCUACGCGAAGGGUUAUGAACAUGCUGCUGGACCGCCUGCUAAAGGACAGCAGCAUUGGCCCUGUGUUCCAAGGAUGUGAAACAACGGACUUCAGGCCGGGCAGCGACAGGGACCAGACCCGGGUGGACGCCGUGUGCACCUACAGCAAGGAGCCCUGGGCUGCGCCUUUGGACAGGGUGGGGCUGUACCACCAAGUGAGCAACAAGACCAGAGGCAUCACCCAGCUGGGCCCCUACAGCCUGGACAAGGACAGCCUCUACGUCAACGGUGAGCGGCGCUCCUCCCUGGACUACAACGAGCAGCCAGUGCUGACCACUCCCACCCACCCACCAACAACAACAGCGGCCACCCUUGAGCAUUUCACUGUCAACUUCACCAUCACCAACCUGCUCUACUCUUCUGACCUGGAGAAUCCUGACUCAGCCAAGUUCAGAGCUACACGAAGGGUGAUGAACAUGAUGCUUGACCGCCUGCUGAAGGACAGCAGCAUUGGCCCUGUUUUCCAAGGAUGUGAAACAACAGAUUUCAGGCCAGGCAGCAACAGGGACCAGACCCGGGUGGACGCCGUGUGCACCUACAGCAAGGAGCCCUGGGCUGCGCCUUUGGACAGGGUGGGGCUGUACCACCAAGUGAGCAACAAGACCAGAGGCAUCACCCAGCUGGGCCCCUACAGCCUGGACAAGGACAGCCUCUACGUCAACGGUGAGCGGCGCUCCUCCCUGGGCUACAACGAGCAGCCAGUGCUGACCACUCCCACCCACCCACCAACAACCACAGCUGCCGCCCUUGAGCGUUUGACCGUCAACUUCACCAUCACCAACCUGCCCUACUCUUCUGACCUCGAGAAGCCUGACUCAGCCAAGUUCAGAGCUACACGAAAAGUUAUGAAUAUGCUGCUGGACCGCUUGCUGAAGGACAGCAGCAUUGGCCCUGUGUUCCAAGGAUGUGAAACAACAGAUUUCAGGCCGGGCAGCGACAGGGACCAGACCCGGGUGGACGCCGUGUGCACCUACAGCAAGGAGCCCUGGGCUGCGCCUUUGGACAGGGUGGGGCUGUACCACCAAGUGAGCAACAAGACCAGAGGCAUCACCCAGCUGGGCCCCUACAGCCUGGACAAGGACAGCCUCUACGUCAACGGUGAGCGGCGCUCCUCCCUGGGCUACAACGAGCAGCCAGUGCUGACCACUCCCACCCACCCACCAACUACAACAGCGGCCACCCUUGAGCAUUUCACCGUCAACUUCACCAUCACCAACCUGCCCUACUCUUCUGACCUGGAGAAUCCUGACACGGCCAGGUUCAGAGCUACACGAAGGGUGAUGAACAUGAUGCUGGACCGCCUGCUGAAGGACAGCAUCAUUGGCCCUGUGUUCCAAGGAUGUGAAACAACAGAUUUCAGGCCGGGCAGCGACAGGGACCAGACCCGGGUGGACGCCGUGUGCACCUACAGCAAGGAGCCCUGGGCUGCGCCUUUGGACAGGGUGGGGCUGUACCACCAAGUGAGCAACAAGACCAGAGGCAUCACCCAGCUGGGCCCCUACAGCCUGGACAAGGACAGCCUCUACGUCAACGGUGAGCAGCGCUCCUCCCUGGGCUACAACGAGCAGCCAGUGCUGACCAUGCUUCUUCCAGCUCCCACUAAUUCACCAGCAACCACAGCUGCCGCCCUUGAGCAUUUCACCGUCAACUUCACCAUCACCAACCUGCCCUACUCUUCUGACCUGGAGAAUCCUGACUCAGCCAGGUUCAGAGCUACACGAAGGGUGAUGAACAUGAUGCUUGACCGCCUGCUGAAGGACAGCAGCAUUGGCCCUGCUUUCCAUGGAUGUGAAACAGACUUCAGGCCGGGCAGCGACAGGGACCAGACCCGGGUGGACGCCGUGUGCACCUACAGCAAGGAGCCCUGGGCUGCGCCUUUGGACAGGGUGGGGCUGUACCACCAAGUGAGCAACAAGACCAGAGGCAUCACCCAGCUGGGCCCCUACAGCCUGGACAAGGACAGCCUCUACGUUAAUGCUGCUGAUCAAAGCACCCAACCUCUGGCACCAGCAGUAAAGAACUUCACCCUGAACUUCACAAUAACCAACCUCCAGUUCACUGCAGACAUGGAGAAACCCAGUUCCAGGAGAUUCAAGUCAACAGAAAAAGUCAUGUACCACUAUAUUGAUUCUUUACUCCAAAGGAGCAGCAUUGGCCCAGCUUACAUCGGCUGCAAAGUAAUGGCAUUCAGAUCCACGAAGAACAGGGAUGACACAGGAGUAGAUGCCAUGUGCAGCUGUAGGGAUGAGCCUUCAGAUCCCAAAUUCAACAGCACAACUGUUUACCAUGAGCUGAGCAAAAUGACCAAUGGCAUCACCAAGCUGGGACCCUACAGCCUCAACAGCCAGAGCCUCUAUGUCAAUGCAGUAAGAUCAACCACCACACAAAGCCCAGAGGCAGUCACAGAGCACUUCACCCUGAACUUCACCAUAACCAACCUCAUGUUCACCACAGACCUGCAGACACCAAAUUCCCGCAAAUUCCGGUCCACUGAGAAAAUCAUGAAACACUACACUGACUCCCUGCUUCAGAAGAGCAGUAUUGGCCCCCAUUUCACUGGCUGCAAAGUGACGGGAUUCAGGCCUGGGAAGAACAGGGACAGCACAGGAGUGGACAACAUCUGCAGUUAUGGAAAGGGCUCCCAGGUGCCCAAGUUUAACCCAGCUGAGGUUUACCAAGAGCUGAAGGGAAUGACAAGUGGCAUCACCAAGCUGGGAAUCUACAGCCUGGACAGCAAGAGCCUCUAUGUCAAUGGUUACAACGAACCCCUUGAGAGAUCCCCCCGGAGCACCACAGCUGCACCAAAACCAACAUCCAGGAAUUUCACUCUGAACUUCACCUUGACCAACCUCCGCUACUCUGCAGAUCUGGAAGCCCCAAAUUCCCGCAGAUUCCUUUCCACAGUGAAAGUGAUGAACCACUAUCUUGACCCUCUUUUCAAGAGGAGCAGCAUAAGCUCUGUCUACACAGGAUGUAAAGCCAUGAGAUUCAGGUCUGGAAGGCACGGGGAGGACACAAAAGUGGAUGCUGUGUGCAGCUACAAGGACAAUGCCAGCCUGGCCAGGUUUGACAGAGAAAAGCUUUACCAGGAGCUGAGCACCAUGACAAACAAUGUCACCAAACUGGGCCACUACAGCCUGGACAGGAGCAGCCUGUAUGUUGAUGAUUUCACCCUCACAGACACAGCUGCCACCAAAAAGCCUCUCUUGGCUCCAGCCAAACUUGGCUACAGGCUGAGCUUUAGAAUAGUCAAUGAAAACCUCACCAACCCUGACUCCCAAUCUCCAGAAUACAGAGCAGCAGUAGAAAGCAUCACCAACAAGAUGAAUCACUUGUACCGUCAGAGCGACCUGAGGGAGCAGUUCCUGACCUGCAGGAUCACCGGGCUGAGGCCUGGAUCCAUAGUGGUUGACUGCCAGUGCUUCUUCCAGCCUGACCCCAAAAUCAGCAGGGCUGUGGUUGAAAGGACUUUCCAGGACAGGACCUCCAACACCACUGGGCUGUGGCUGGGCAGCAGCUACCGACUGCAGGAAUUCUCAGUGGACACCUUGGAACUCUCACUUGAGGCAGCAACUCACAAGACACCCCUGGAGUCUGGCAAAGAAAAAUUCGGAUUAAAUUUCCGAAUCACCAACCUUCCCUACUCGCCUGAGCUGCAGGACUCCAGCUCCCAGAUGUACCAAGAGAACAAAGAGAAGAUUGAGAAAGAGCUCGAGGUAUUCAGGAGCAGCCACCUGAAGGACCAAUUUGUUGGCUGCACUGUGGAGAGCUUUGGGCCUGUCCAUGGCAAAGGACACACAGAGGUUGCCUCAACCUGCAAGUUCACCCCGGAUCCCCUCUCAGCGACUUUGCAAGAGCAGGAGGUGUUGGAGGAGCUGAAACUCCUGACCCAGGGCUUCAGCAGGCUGGGCUCCAGCUAUGAGCUGGAGGAGCAGAGUCUGGUGGUGGAAGGUUACUCUCCACUCAAGACAGAUGAAGCACAGUCCAAAAGAUCUGAGCUUCAGUUCUGGGCCAUCAUCCUCAUCUGCCUUUUCACCCUGCUGGGCUUCAUCCUCCUCCUCUUUUUGUGCUUCCUGGUUCUCUCCUGCCUGAAGAGAAAGUCCCACCUGUACCAGGUGCAGCAGGGCCUCUAUGGGUUGUACUUCCCCCACCCCAGCACAGGGAAGGUUCACUGA